AUGCGUUCUCUUUGCGAUCAGGGAUAUGAAGACAAUCGCCUAGUGACAGAUUACUUCAGCUCUUUAACUGCAUGUCGUCGGUUGCACUCUUUUGUUGCUCGGUCGCAAAUUCGUUAACUCGGGCCAUCGCGGUGUUAGUUUAGAUAGGGUAGUUGGAGGGGUGGUGCGUAGUCGCCUUCCCAUACAUAGCUCGGCUGGGCUAAAUCCGUUUUCAAGUGGGGUAGCUCAGUAAGCGAGGAGUGCUUCAUAUGAAUCUCCAGUAAGGAGAUUUUUAGUUGUUUGCACCAUACGUUCGGCUUCUCCGUUGCUUUGGGAGUAUUUUGUCUAUUUUGGACUGCUUGUAAUGUUUAUGAAUCCCCAGUCUUCUACAAAUUUGGCGAAUUCUGCUGAGGAAUACUGUACUGGAAAUCCAUGGCGUGCGAAAAUCGCUUUUAAGCAAUUGAUCACUUCUUGAGAGGUGGAUUUCCCAUUAUCAUGGGAAGUAGUCUACCAGGAGGACGAAUUCUUGUCCUUUCCAUUCGAAUAGAUCGGUUUCUACUUUUUGGGAUGGACGCUGGGGUAACAUGUGAAGGAAACAUGGGCUCUGAGUAGCAUUCGUCUUAAUGCAAGUAGGGCAUUCUCUGAAAAGGUCUUCUAUCUGCUUGCUGAGAUUCGGCCACCAGACAACACUUUUUGCCCUUUAGCGGCAUUUCUGGAUACCUUGAUGACCUGUGUAUAUCAUGUCUAAUACACUGAGCCUUGAUGCUGAGGGAAUGAUGACUCUGUCGUCUUUCAUUAGGAUUCACUGCUGAACAGUAAUUUCUUCUCUGCCCUGCCAGUAACGUUGCAGUGAACCAUUCAGCCUUCGCUGCGGAACAUCUUAAGCUUUGAACAAACUUCAGGGGCACCCAACCACGGCUAUCUCCUAAUUGCAUUGAAAACACCUUUUAGGCUAUCCAGAGUACUUUUAGUUCUCUAGAAAUAUAUUCUAAGUGGCGCUAAAAAAUUUGUAUCUGUUCUGUCAUCUUAGGGCAACUUGAGUCUUUUCGAAAUUAAAAGGGCUUCAGUACUAUUUUCCCGAACAUUUUAGUUGCAAUUCAAAGUUUUUACGAAAAUGAGAAUUUUUCUGAUUCCUCUCUGAAUCGCAUUUUUGAUUCCGGAAAUUUUAGGUUUCCUCUCUCUACGAAAAAUAAAUUAAUCUGGGGAGUGAAAUGGGAAACAUUAAACUCCGAAAGCCGUAGGAAAUCCAUUAGAUAAGCUUCGAAAAUUGUACAUGAAUGGAACGGUCAUCUAGAAAUUUUUAGCCUUCCUCAAGCUUCAGAAAAUUCUAGGCAAUUUUUGCUUCUCCGAACAGAUAUUUCACCCAAAACAGUCGUUGGGUGCCCCCGAAACUUCAUCUUCAUCCUUAUGAAGGUGUAUUUCUGCAAACGACACUCUGUAGUUGGCAGGCAUUCUACUAUUACUACUAUUUUGGUGUGGUGAGAUCUUUUUCGGGUACAUGGACAAUUUGGUACGAGUAGCGCAUUAUGAUCAGGUCAGAUCCGGAACCUCUGAAUACGUGGUGGCAUGUCUUGGAGACAUUUAGAUCCUAGUAGCGGCACCAACAGCUUUUGGUCCGUUUCGAUUAGAAACUCUUUACCGAGGACAAAGUCAGCAAACAUUUCGCAAACCCAAGUAGUUGCUAGUGCUUCUUUCUCUAUCUGGGCGUAUCUUAUAGACGUCACAUAGGGCGCGAAGCGUAAACGAUUGGCUUCUUUGUACUAUCGUCUUGGACUUGAAGGAGGACUAGUGCUCCUAAUUUAUACGAUGAGGCGUUCGCAGAUAUGAAUGAUAGUUUCUUUCUCGGAGCAGUAAUGAGCGAUAACUGGUGCUUGGAUCAUGUCUUUCUUCAUCAUCUAGAGAAAGAUUCCUCUUGAGCUUGGCACCAAUGCCAUUCGUUCUUGCUUGAAAAAAGAUCGCGAAGCGGCAUAGUCUUCUCAGACAGGUUUUCAAUGAACUUCUGUUGGUGGUUGAUCAUUCUCAGGAAUUUUCUUAGUUCUGCAACAUUUUGCGACCUUUCCAUCUUUUCGAUAGCUGCAGUCUUUUCUGGAUCGGGGCCUAUUCCUUGGGCGCUGAGACCAUGGCCCACGAACUUCAAUUGUUGCCUUGAAAAUUCGCACAUGUCUGGGUUCUAUCUUGUUAAAACUGCUUCAAGUCCUUCGUGUUCUUUUUGCGUCUUUCCAUGCACAAUGGUGUCAUCCACGAUGCAUAUCACCCUCUCCAAACCUUCCAGCUCGUUUAGCAUUCUCUUUUGGAUCGCAAAAUUAUUCCCAUGCCCGAGUUGACGAUAGUCUUUCUUUGAUUUCCAACAUAUGACAGUUUCUUGGUCCCUUCCUUUUUUGAGGAUCAUGCACGAUCACUGAACUUUGCGAGGCAUCUUCUUUGGCUCUCAACAACUAAGGGCAGAAAUAUUCUCAAAAUCUCGACAAUAAGCCAAAACCAUCAAUUCCAAUUAAUUUUGACAGACGGACUUAAUCUUCAAAUUCUCAAAAAUCGCUGGCCUUCUAGCUAAAAUAAAGUAAUAUUGUAAGCUUAAGAUUUAUAAGUUUAUCUUUUCCGAGUAAAAAAUCGUCCUCUGAGAGGACAUAUCCUUACUGGCAAUGAAUAGUCUGUACAAUGUAAAAGGACGAAGACCGAUAUCUAUAGUCCGGAGGAAAAAGAUUCACCCCGUGUGCUCCGAGGACAAUUAUUUUCCUAAGGGAAAAUUUAAAUUAUUUAAUAGUCUGUUUCACUCAGUGUACGUUGCUUUUUCAAUACGUUUGAUUUCUAUUGCCGAUUUGUUUGCCGGGCUUUAUCUGUGGGACGUAACGAGGAUAAAUUCUGCAUCGUGACAAAUCGCGCGGCAAACAUUCUAGUCGUGUCGCUUGUCUUCUUUACUUGGCUUGUUUACGUUCGCACGCAUUGCGUGUCUAUUGCAACUUUGAAUCAAAACAAGCGAUCUCCAUUUCUCUAUUUAGUUUGGGCGACGCCCAAAUAACAAGUCGAGCUACUGUCAGUUUUUCACUCGCUUAUGGGGCAGAAAACAUAUUCUCGCGCUUUGCGCUCAAGAAGAAAAUUUUGAGCUCGACUUGAGGGCAUGUAUAGAGUUGACUUGAAAUUACGUGUAAGGCUUUUAAAUACAUACAUGCAUGAAAAUUGAAUAGCUUAACCAAUUUUUUAUCAUGUAAAAAAAUGGUGUUAUUACUGCAUGACCAAGGUAACAAAGUUUUGUAACAGUCACGUGGUGGGUUUUUCAUUAAUUGCCCCGUGAUUGUUUGAUAAAUUAAAUGGUGGUAAAAAAGAAACUGCACGGUUUCUGUAGCAUAAGGCUCGCCUUCUUCGUAAAGUUUCUCUACAAUUUCCUUUGUUAGGGCUUGUUUGUGCACUGUCGGAGCUAUUUGGCCACAUUUGCUCAGAGUUUUCAGAAAAUUGCUGAGGGAUUUAUUGGCUUCAUUAAAAUGACUGUCGCCAACAAUGGAAAAUGGCUUUGAAAACGGAGGACUUUUUAAGUGACGAUCUAACGCGGCUCGGAUUGCGAUAAGCGACUUUUUGUUGUAGUAACUGUCGUCACGUUUUCGUGCGGACAAGUUUGGAGGCAUUUGUUAAGCUGAAUUGGUGACAUCUCCUCAAAGGGAGUUUUGAACUCUUCUUGCAUCUGAAACCAUUCUGUAAAAAAAGUAAGCUUAUUUAUAAACAUGUCAGCUAACAUUAAGUAACAAAAGACAUAAUUUGCAUUUGUAAACAAAAAACUUUUUCACCGGUUUCAUCGAUAAAAUUCAGGUUAAACAGACAAAGCUUUACCUGUGAAAACUGCUAGACCGAAUUAGUCGCUUUUUUAGUGUUGUCUGGUAUGGCCUCUUCAUUUAUUUUCGAAAUUUCGUCGCUAGUUACCGUGGCAAACCGAGACUGAGCCAUUUUUGUCGUACAUGUAACUUGCAAGAGUUUGGCGCCGCUCGGCUGGAGGCGAAUCAGUGAAUAGUGCAGGAUAUUCCGAGAUUGAGCAGCCAAUCAGAGCGCGCGAAAAACACUAUCCACUGUUUUAGCAUAUACUAAAUAAAAUUAUUACAAACCAACAGCAGGACAAGCAGAGAACAAACAAAGACAAACAAAUAGAUAGACAGAAGAGACAAUCACAUAGACGGACAAACAAACAGACAAUAUAAGACAAACAUAUAAGCAGCAGUCAAACAUAAAUACAAAAUUCAGAAAGUUAAAAGUCUAGAAAAUUUAAAUUAGACGAAUUAAAUAGAGGAUAGGGGAGCACACUCCCAAUACACCAGGCAGCCAGACAGCAGAAGCCACUAUGCAUACCCACCACUCUAAGAUGAGCAUGCACUGUAGACACACGUACCGUCCAGAAAGCCAAGCACAUUGAGAGCACGCACCCCUCUCCUGAAUGACUGAAGACUGGUCUUACUGCGUAGUUCCUGGCUUAUCUUACCCCAUAUGUGUGGGCCUAAAUAUCUGAUAGUGUGCUUGCAAUACUAAACAGUAUUAUAUCUUGGAACAGGAAAAUCACUUCGUAAGUUAUAAUGCUUAUCUUGCUGAAAAAACAUGAAUGAAUUAUUGUUUAUUUACUAGCUUACAAUCUCUAGAUUCAUUGUCUACUAGAAUGUUGGAACUUUUGUCAGUUUCAACUCCAAUGUCCAUGUGGGCGCAAAGGUCUUUCAUCCCCAAUAUCUCUCUCGCUCAAACCUCAUGGCAAUAGCUCUGCUCGGUGUUCGCGCCUUGAACUCUCCCAGGAAAACGAAUCCAUUCUCAAGCCUUAUUGAUCGUGUAACUUUUACAGAAACCUGAUAAUCAUUUUAAGCUCUCAGCGAUGUGUAGAUAAGAUAAGACAGUUAACUUGUUACCUUCAUUCAACAAAGCGUUCUACUAACAGUCGAAUUUCCACCAGCGGGGGUCUCUACUGCACGAGUGGUCCCAGUGUUGUAGCUAGAACUUGAAGACAUAUAUUCUAACUUCUGCUACAAGUGCGAACGUUCAACUCUGCAACAUAAGUAGCUUCUUUUUUGGACCUUGCUUGGUUGUGAUGAGAAUAACUCUAAAGCAUUGACUAUUAAUAUUGUUCCCUUUAAAAGUGGUGUGACCCAGGAAAAAGCACUAGUACGUGGUCAUCUCGCGAAGGUGUGGCAUGUGAUGAUGGUGACAAGUGCACACGAGGUGACACAUGUCGUAGUGGCGAAUGUACCGGCACGCCCUUCACGUGUAAUUCAUUUUGCCAAUACUGUAAUGGGAACAGCUGCGAUCUUAAGACAGGAUUCGGAUUCGUGAACAGGUGCACCUGCAGGAUAGCAGGUAUACAUAACUUCAUAAUUACUUCCACAACGGAAUUUGAACUCAGAUGUGAGAGCUUAAAAGACAAAUUCAGUUUAAUUCUCUUUGCCUACAAUUUGGUGACUGGAUACUCUGAAAAGAAUACAGAAAAUUAACCGAUAGGGAUCUUUUAAUGAAAAAACAAAACAAAACAACAACAACAACAACAACAACAAAACCAUGGGCUAAAAUUUAAUCCUGGGUUUAGCGCUAACGAACGUUCGAACAACUGGGCCCAAAUCUAAAAGUUACAACCCUUUUGUCAAAUCACUAAGACUUAAAAUCAAUAAUUUUUUUUAAAUAUACAUCUUGCUAUGUUCAUUUUUGCUUUAGCAAUUAAUAUAUAUUUAAACCCUAUGAAUAUGGACCAUGAGGCGACUAUACAAAGAAAGUGUUCGUAUUUAUUGGUUUUCUGCAAAAACAAUUUUAUUCCACAGACAAGUUUCUCACUCAAAAGUCGAUUGUUUAGAUAUUACUUUUAAGUUAAAAUUAAAAAAGCAUUCAAUGCCAAAAUAGUUAAAUACUGAUGUCUACUACGGGUGACCGUAUCAAGAGAGUUGAAUUUAGCGAAAAUGUAAGGGCUUUCCAAAGGACAAAAAAAAACUGUUACUGAUAGCAAGUUGUCCUUUAAAGUGGGUGUCUGUAAAUCGGGCUCCGGAUUGGAUUGUACAUGACGAUUGGGGAGAGCCUAUUUAUUCAUCUUUAACUCUAUCAAUCAAACACAAGAAGGACUAGAGGACUGAAAAAGCAAAUGCUUUUGUAAAUCAUAUACUUUUGUUACAGGCAGGGACUAUGAACACCACGCCGUAAAUCCGUCAAACCAGUGUCAGUGGUGUGACUUGUAUGACCCAACAGCUCGUGCUAACAGUGUCUGGUCAAACAAGAACCUGCCAUGUAGUGACCAUAAUACGAGGACUAACGACGACCGGUGUCGUAAUGGAUUUUGCAUAGGAACACCUUACAACUGCCUUCCAUGUGAACGGCAUGACGGAAGUGGCUGUCCAAUAAAAUCAGGGUACUGCAUCAUACAGAAAGGAAAACAAAGAACGUGUUAUGCCAAGAAUCAGUAUAAACCAGGAAAUCCUUGUCAGGUAGGCUGUAAAAUUAGUGAAUGAGGCUGAUUAUCCUAGAAAGAAUUAUGGAGAUCGAGGAGGGUGUUAUCCGUCGAAGCCGUAGGCCGAGGCGGAUAACACCCUCCGAGAUCUCCAUAAUUCUUCAUAUGAUACGAAAGCCGAAUUCAAUAAUUGUUUUAUUAUUCAUUCAAAAUAAUUCCUAGUUUAAAAACAAAGCUAAAAAAAGUUAUCUCUAUUGAUGUUAAGUUCACCUCCGAUAGUGCACGUUUAGGGUUGUUCAGCUCCGCAAAUAUUCUCCAAAUAGCAGAUGUCGCUCUUCGAGUUGUGUUCUUGCUGUUCUUGCCAUGUUUUAGCUAUAAUUUCGCCUAGUUCUUACUCUUGAAAGGAGUGAAAUGUCCGCCAUUUUUGUUUUCACAACCAAAACAACUCCACCUCGUCCCCAGGUGUUCUCGGUUAACGGUGCAUUAACCUGCAAGAACGCUGCAUUUUUGACGUCAUUUCCUCUUUAAACACAAAAUUCUUCCAAAUUUGGUCAUCAGUAACUGGUUAUGGUGAGUUAUGCGUUUGCUUUUAGCCAAUCAGAAUCCGGGAAAUAUUUUAAAUGAAUAAUAAGUAGAGAUUAAUUCAUAGAAACUGACACUUACGUAUUUUUAUUCACGAGUUGCAAAGCCGAGUCAGCAAAGGGGUGCAUGAGUUUUCCGAAGUUUGCUAACGAGUGAGUAAAAUACUCACAUAGCACUUUCUAUGGCGUAAUUUGUUUAUUGCCCCCGAAGAGAUUUCGCCCAGACGGCAAAUCACGGGGAGGCAUCCUAGUAGCGCGCGUGUAUGUACAAUUGAAAUAUACAGUUAGAAUGCGAGAAAAAAUCUCGAUUUGCUUGGUCAGGGGCCGCAUGGAAUCCUUGGGUAAGGUAAUGUUGACGUUUCUAUUGUUCGCGCGCGCAAGUAAGAGAUGCUUAGGAUGACGAAAAACACAAAAUCCCCGAAGGGACCGCUCAGUUUGAUUUUGUGACCCUUAUUAAUGUACAUUCAUACUUUGAUACUCUUUUAAAUAAAACAACUAAGAUAGUAAUAUGUUCUCACGCAUACUCAUUAGAGACCUUUAGAUUCGGGGAAGAGGACGACUACGAGUACGAGAUUUGACUUUUAGUUUUUUCGCGCCUUCUCAAAAUAUAGACUUCCCGGAAAGCUUUAUUUUACCAUUUUUCACCAGAAACGUUAGCACUGUUAUCUUUAGUGAUGAAGGUUACGCGCUCACCCGACCGCAAAAUGAUAAAACUUCUAACAUUUGAUGUCUUGUUUUCGUCACCACGACAUUCGCGCGAAAACUCGUAGCAGAACGACGACGGCUACCACUUUUUCCCGCCAAAAUGACGCCGGCUCACACGCGUACACUACUUAGUAUUGAGAAAAUCUCGUACUCGUAGUCGAACCCCUCCUAGAAUCUAAAGGUCUCUAUUACCUCAUCACGAAAUAUUAAGUCAUGGGAAAAGACGCGACUGAUGAGGCAAUAGGCAUGCCACGAGAAAACUUUAAAAAACGCAGAACUCGUCAACCACCACCAGCGGAGGUGGGAGGGUCGCGAAAGGCGAAAGAGUUCCCGGAGAACCGACCCUUGAAAUGGCCACGAUUUGAAUGAAACCGCCGAAUUUAUACCAGCGGAGCGCAAAGCAUCAUGAUCACUACAGGCGUGUACCAACACGGGAGAAUGCGAACGGAUUACAUCAAAUUCCGCUUCGAGCUAAUGUAUUAUACAAUGAGAAUAGUAUGCGCGCUCUGAUUGGCCGAGAGGCGUGUUUACAUGAGAGUAUGUAAACACAGUUGUGACCGAUGUCAAGAUGUUUUGCUUUUCUCUCGUUAAUCACGCAAUGCAAGCAGGAAUUUGAAAAAGUUUUUGAGUUGAAAACUUGACAGGUUUACUUUAUAUAUCCAUGUCCUCGUCGGUUGAAACUUGGAAAAUCUUUGCAAACAAAAUCCCUAUUUUGAAAAGCUUCUUUUUUGCAAAACAAAGACUGAUUACGCGUGCAAGACUUGCUAUACAAGACUACGCGACUGGUAAAAAUUUCUGUUUUAAUCAGUGCCAUAACAAAGAGAUUUGCGUUUUUUCUAGGGAAAGUUAAUUUAUAAAAGCAAUAGAAAACUUUUUCCUGUUUUUGCAUAAUAACCUCAUGUUAAUACUAAAAAAAUGUUUUAUUUCGCUUAAUUUCGUUACGUGUUAUCAAUGACAUUCUGCGGAGCAGGUGUUUUGAAAGUUAUUGACCAAAAGACACUCGUUAAGCGCAGAUAAAGUUAUAAGGUGCGUAUAACUGGAGAGUUUGCAAGACACUAAUUUAUCAUUCAAAAAUCAAAACAAUUUGCCAGACAAUCUUUCUCUCUCUUUGGGGGAAUAACACUCAGUUCAAAGAAAAUCAAGACGAGUGAAUCAGCGGCUAGCUUACCACUAGCAGAGCGAUGGACGAUUACAAAUAUUCCCUACGCACAGAUGUCCUUCUAUAAAAAAAUGACUAGAACGUGCGAACGUGAAUUUAUCAAGAAACCUUUCAAUUUCCAAGGCUUACUUUCCGGCUAUAAAAUGAUCUGUCUGUAAAGUAAAUGCGGAGACUGCGAAAAAUUCCAACUUCUAAUCAGAUCUUUUCUUAUGGUUUAGAAUUUCUCUAAACUUGGAAUGUUUUGAUUAAAGUUGUUUAUAUCGAACUGAAUCAGUGCAUUUAACCUUGCGUUUCCUGAUUUUACUUCACCUAUUGUAUGGAAUACCGUAUUCCAAUAAGUACCCAACCUCGAAUCAGCGCCCAGUCUCGAAUAAGCCCCCCCCCUUCUCUCUCUCCCACCCCACUCAAACUCAAUAAAUGCCAAACCCCAUCCAAAAAGUAUUAGGUGCACGAGAGUUGUAUUGAUACAUACAUACAUACAUAAACUUUAUUAAAGUGUCAAGGUAUUUAGCUGAAAGCUAAUUGUGGACACUGUAAAUAAAUAAAAUGAAUACAAUAUAAGUAUAUGUAAAAAUAUUAAAAAUAUAGUCUUAAAAUAUCAUUAAUAUAUAAAAAUAACAUCAAUAUAUAAAAUUACUACAAACCAACAGCAGGACAAGCAGGGAACAAACAAAGACAAACAAAUAGAUAGACAGAACAAACAAUCACAUAGACAGACAAACAAACAGACAAUAUAGGACAAACAUAUAAGCAGCAGUCAAACAUAAAUACAAAAUUCAGAAAGUUAAAAGUCUAGAAAAUAUAAUUUAGACGAAUUAAAUAGAAAGGGGAGCACACUCCCAAUACACGAGGCAGGCAGACAGCAGAAGCCACUAUGCAUACCCACCACUCUAAGAUGAGCAUGCACAGUAGACACACGUACCGUCCAGAAAGCCAAGCACAUUGAGAGCACGCACCCCUCUCCUGAAUGACUGAAGACUGGUCUUACUGCGUAGUUCCUGGCUUAUCUUACCCCAUAUGUGUGGGCCUAAAUAUCUGAUAGUGUGCUUGCAAUACUAAACAGUAUUAUAUCUUGGAACAGGAAAAUCACUUCGCAAGUUAUAAUGCUUAUCUUGCUGAAAAAACAUGAAUGAAUUAUUGUUUAUUUACUGGCUUACUCGUUGUCUACUAGAAUGUGGGAACUUUUGUCAGUUUCAACUCCAAUGUCCAUGUGGGCGCAAAGGUCUUUCAUCCCCAAUAUCUCGCUCGCUCAAACCUAAUGGCAAUAGCUCUGCUCGGUGUUCGCGCCUUGAACUCUCCCAGGAAAACGAAUCCAUUCUCAAGCCUUAUUGAUCGUGUAACUUUUACAGAAACCUGAUAAUCAUUUUAAGCUCUCAGCGAUGUGUAGAUAAGAUAAGACAGUUAACUUGUUACCUUCAUUCAACAAAGCGUUCUACUAACAGUCGAAUUUCCACCAGCGGGGGUCUCUACUGCACGAGUGGUCCCAGUGUUGUAGCUAGAACUUGAAGACAUAUAUUCUAACUUCUGCUACAAGUGCGAACGUUCAACUCUGCAACAUAAGUAGCUUCUUUAUUAGACCUUGCUUGGUCGUGAUGAGAUUAGCUCUAAAGCACUGACUAUUUAUUGUUCCCUUUGAAAGUGGUGUGACCCAGGAAAAAGCACUAGUACGUGGUCAUCUCGCGAAGGUGUGGCAUGUGAUGAUGGUGACAAGUGCACACGGGGUGACACAUGUCGUAGUGGCGAAUGUACCGGCACGCCCUUCACGUGUAAUUCAUUUUGCCAGUACUGUAAUGGGAACAGCUGCGAUCUUAAGACAGGAUUCGGAUUCGUGAACAACAGGUGCACCUGCAGGAUAGCAGGUAGACAUAACUUCAUAAUUACUUCCACAACGGAAAGUUGGUCAUUGCAAACAUCUGAUUGAAUUUUGCAUGAGAUACUUUUUUUUCCACUAUAUAGCUUUGGCUUUGAUGUUAUUUGAAGUGCUGAAACAAUGAUAUACCUUGUCAUACUGGGCCGGGUUGGUCGAAGAUGGGUUAAGAUAACCCAGGGUUAGUGCGAAAUUUGAACUCAGAUAUGAGAGCUUAAAAGACAAAUUCAGUUUAAUUCUCUUUGCCUACACUUUGGUGACUGGGUACUCUGAAAAGAAUACAGAAAAUUAACCGAUAGGGUUCUUUUGAUGAAAAAACAAAACAAAACAACAACAACAACAACAACAACAACAACAACAAAACCUUGGGCUAAAAUUUAAUCCUGGGUUUAGCGCUAACGAACGUUCGAACAACUGGGCCCAAAUCUAAAAGUUACACCCUUUUGUCAAAUCACUAAGACUUAAAAUCAAUAAUUUUUUUUAAAUAUACAUCUUGCUAUGUACAUUUUUGCUUUAGCAAUUAAUAUAUAUUCAAACCCUAUGAAUAUGGACCAUGAGGCCACUAUACAAAGAAAGUGUUUAUAUUUAUUGGUUUUCUGCAAAAACAACUUUAUUCCACAGACAAGUUUUUCACUCAAAAGUCGAUUGUUUAGAUAUUACUUUUAAGUUAAAAUUAAAAUAGCAUUCAAUACCAAAAUAGUUAAGAACUGAUGUAUACUACGGUUGACCGUAUCAGGAGAGUUGAAUUUAGCGAAAAUGUAAGGGCUUUCCAAAGGACAAAAAAAAACUGUUACUGAUAGCAAGUUGUCCUUUAAAGUAGGUGUCUGUAAAUCGGGCUCCGGAUUGGAUUGUACAUGACGAUUGGGGAGAGCCUAUUUAUUCAUCUUUAACUCUAUCAAUCAAACACAAGAAGGACUAGAGGACUGAAAAAGCAAAUGCUUUUGUAAAUCAUAUACUUUUGUUACAGGCAAGGACUAUGAACACCACGCCGUAAAUCCGUCAAACCAGUGUCAGUGGUGUGACUUGUAUGACCCAACAACUCGUGCUAACAGUGUCUGGUCAAACAAGAACCUGCCAUGUAGUGACCAUAAUACGAGGACUAACGACGACCGGUGUCGUAAUGGAUUUUGCAUAGGAACACCUUACAACUGCCUUCCAUGUGAACGGCAUGACGGAAGUGGCUGUCCAAUAAAAUCAGGGUACUGCAUCAUACAGAAAGGAAAACAAAGAACGUGUUAUGCCAAGAAUCAGUAUAAACCAGGAAAUCCUUGUCAGGUAGGCUGUAAAAUUAGUGAAUGAGGCUGAUUAUCCUAGAAAGAAUUAUGGAGAUCGAGGAGGGUGUUAUCCGUCGAAGCCGUAGGCCGAGGCGGAUAACACCCUCCGAGAUCUCCAUAAUUCUUCAUAUGAUACGAAAGCCGAAUUCAAUAAUUGUUUUAUUAUUCAUUCAAAAUAAUUCGUAGUUUAAAAACAAGCUAAAACAUGCUUACCUCUAUCGAUGCUAAGUUCACCUCCGAUAGUGCACGUUUAGGGUUGUUCAGCUCCGCAAAUAUUCUCCAAAGAGUAGAUGUCGCCCUUCGAGUAAUGUUCUUGCCACGUUUUUAGCUAUAAUUUCGCCUAGUUAUUACUCUUGAAAGGAGUGAGAUGUCCGCCAUUUUUGUUUUCAUAACCAAAACAACUCCACCUCGUCCCCAGGUGUUCUCGGUUAACGGUGCAUUAACCUGCAAGAACGCUGCAUUUUUGACGUCAUUUCCUCGUUAAACACAAAAUUCUGCCAAAUUUGGUCAUCAGUAACUGGUUAUGGUGAGUUAUGCGUGUGGUUUUAGCCAAUCAGAAUCCGGGAAAUAUUUUGAAUGAAUAAUAAAUAGAGAUUAAUUCAUAGAAACUGACACUUAUGUAUUUUUAUUCACGAGUUGCAAAGCCGAGUCAGCAAAGGGGUGCAAGAGUUUUCCGAAGUUUGCUAACGAGUGAAUAAAGUACUCACAAAGCACUUUCUAUGGCGUAAUUUGUUUAUUGUCCCCGCAGGGAUUUCGCCCAGACGGCGAAUCACGGGGAGGCAUCCUAGUAGCUCGCCCGUAUAUACAAUUGAAAUAUACCGUCAGAAUGCGAGAAAAAAUCUCGAUUUGCUUGGUAAGGGGCCGCAUGGAAUCCUUGGGUAAGGUAAUGAUGACGUUUCUAUUGUUCGCGCGCGCAAGUAAGAGAUGCUUAAUUAGGAUGACGUCAAACACAAAAUCCCCGAAGGGACCACUCAGUUUGAUUUUGUGACCUUUAUUGUACAUUUAUACUUUGAUACUCUUUUAAAUAAAACAACUAAGAUAGUAAUAUGUUCUCACUGCAUACUGAUUACCUCAUCGCGAAAUAUUAAGUCAUGGGAAAAGUCCGCGACUGAUGAGGCAAUAGGCAUGCAACGAGGAAACUUUAAAAAACGCAGAACUCGUCAACCACCACCAGCGGAGGUGGGAGGGUCGCGAAAGGCGAAAGUGUUCCCGCAGAACCGACCCUUGAAAUGGCCAGGAUUUGACUGAAACCGCCGAAUUUAUACCAGCGGAGCGCAAAGCAUCAAGAUCACUACAGGCGUGUACCAACACAGGAGAAUGCGAACGGAUUACAUCAAAUUCCGCUUCGAGCUAAUUUAUUAUGCAAUGAGAAUAGUAUGCGCGCUCUGAUUGGCCGAGAGGCGUGUUUACAUGAGAGUAUGUAAACACAGUUGUGACCGAUGUCAAGAUGUUUUGCUUUUCCUGCGUUAAUCACUUGACAGGUUUACUUUAUAUAUCCAUGUCCUCGUCGCUUGAAACUUGGAAAAUCUUUGCAAACAAAAUCCCUAUUUUGAAAAGGGUGCAUUUGAAAAAGGCGCAUUUGAAAACUGUAUAGUUGAAUUUGCGCGGUAUAAAUAAAUGUUAUUAUUUGUUAUUCUAAAGUUUCUUUUUUGCAAAACAAAGACUGAUUACGAGUGCAAGACUUCCUAUACAAGACUACGCGACUGGUAAAAAUUUCUGUUUUAAUCAGUGCCAAAACAAAGAGUUUUGCGUUUUUUCUAGGGAAAGUUAAUUUAUAAAAGCAAUAGAAAACUUUUUCCUGUUUUUGCAUAGCCUGAUAUAAACACUAAAACAAUGUUUUAAAACACAGAAAAAUGAAUUCUUGCGCUUAAUUUCGUUACGUGUUAUGAAUGACAUUCUGUGGAGCAGCAGUUUUGAAAGUUAUGGACCAAAAGACACUCGUUAAGCGCAGAUAAAGUUAUAAGGUGCGUAUAACUGGAGAGUUUGCAAGACACUAAUUUAUCAUUCAAAAAUCAAAACAAAUUACCAGACAAUGUUUCUCUCUCUUUGGGGGAAUAACACUCAGUUCAUAGAAAAUCAAGACGAGUGAAUCAACGGGUAGCUUAUCACUAGCAGAGCGAUGGACGAUUUCAGACAUUCCCUGCGUAUAGAUGUCCUUCUAUAAAAAAAAAAAGAGUAAAACGCGCGAACGUGAAUUUAUCAAGAAACCUUUCAAUUUCAAAGGCUUACUUUCCGGCGGUAAAAUGAUCUUUCUGUAAAGUGAAUGAGAGACUGCGAAAAAUUCCAACUUCUAAUCAGACCUUUUCUUAAUGGUUUAGAAUCGUUCUCUAAACUUGGAAUGUUUUGAUCAAAGUUGUGUACAUCGAACUGAAUCAGUGCUAGGAACCUUGCGUUUCCUGGUUUUAAUUCACCUAUUGUAUGGGAUAGCGUGUUUAUUCAAGUAAGUACCCAGCCUCGAAUCAGCGCCCAGCCUCGAAUAAGCCCUUCCCCCCUCUCUCCCAUCCCACUCAAACUCAAUAAGUGCCCAACCCCAUCCAAAAAAUAUCAGGUGCACGAGAGUUGUACUGAUUAUUAAUUAUUUACUGGCUUACAAUCUCUAGAUUCAUUGUUUACUAGAAUGUGGGGACUUUUGUCAGUUUCUACUCCAAUGUCCAUGUGGGCGCAAAGUUCUUUCAUCCUCAAUAUCUCGCUCGCUCAAACCUCAUGGCAAUAACUCUGCUCGGCGUUCGCGCUUUGAAUGCUCCUAGGACAACGAAUCCAUUCUCAAGAUUUAUUGAUCCUGUAACUUUUACAGAUACCUGAUUAUCAUUUUAAGCUCUCAGCGAUGCGUAGAUAAGAUAAGACAGUUUAUCUUGUUACCUUCAUUGAACAAAGCGUUCUACUAACAGUCGAAUUUCCACCGGCGGGGGUCUGUACUGCACGAGUGGUCCCCGUGUUGUAGCUAGAACUGGAAGACAUAUAUUCUAACUUCUGCUACAAGUGCGAACGUUCAACUCUGCAACAUAAGUAGCUUCUUUAUUAGACCUUGCUUGGUCGUGAUGAGAUUAGCUCUAAAGCACUGACUAUUUAUUGUUCCCUUUGAAAGUGGUGUGACCCAGAAAAAAGUACUAGUACAUGGUUACCUCGCGAGGGUGUGGCGUGUGAUGAUGGUGAAAAGUGCACAUGGGGUGACACUUGUCGUAGUGGCCAAUGUACCGGCACGCGCCUCACGUGCAGUUCAGUUUGCCAGUACUGUAAUGGGAACAGCUGCGGUCUUAAAACAGGAUUCGGAUUUGUCAACAACAGGUGCACGUGCAGGAUAGCAGGUAUACACAUAACUUUAUAAUUACUUCCACAACGGAAAGUUGGUCAUUGCAAACAUCUGACUGAAUUUUGAACGAGAUGCUUUUUUACUACAGUGAAACCUUUAUUAAGCGGACGCCUCCAUUAAGCGGACGCGGACACCUAAGAAGUACCUAAAAAGGGCCAUUUCUAUUGUUGCCAACCUGUAUUAAACGGACACUUGUAAUUAAAUUCCACCACCCAACAUGCCAGACACCGGAAAUGCGAAAGAUUGCCUCGAAUUGCCACCCACAAAUUUUUCGAUUUUUACAUUAAAAAACGUGACUUAACGAACUUAUUUGAUUAGUUUCACAGUACAGGAUUGUUUUCUAUUUCGUUCUGUUUGUAUAGAGCUUGUUUCACUCAUCUGAUUUCUUCAAAUUUGAGUGGCAAUCCAUGUUUAUGGUACUAUGAUCAAUUGGUUCACUUUGAUAAAGAAAUUAAUGCAAACGUCUAUCGUCAUAGUCUCUAGGAGUAUUAUAAACGCUUCCACUGUUCAUUUGAAUGGCAUUUGACACCUCAUAUGACGACACAUAUCGAAACCUGUAUUAGGCGGACACCCUGUAUUAAGCGGACACUACAGCAUUCCCCGAGGGUGUCCGCUUAAUACAGGUUUCACUGUAUAUAGCUUUAGCUUUCAUGUUAUUUGAAGUGCUGAAGCAAUGAUAUACCUUGUCAUACUGGACCGGGUUGGUCGAAGCUGGGUUAAGAUAACCCAGGGUUAGUGCGAAUGAUUUGGACUCAGAUAUGAGAGCUUGAAAAGCAAAUUCAUUUUAAUUCUCUUUGCCUACAAUUUGGUGACUGGAUACUCUGAAAAGAAUAUAGAAAAUUAACCAAGAGAGUAUUUUUGAUGAAAAAAAAAAUCAUGGAUUAAAAUUUAAUCCUGGGUUUAGCGCUAACGAGCGUUCGAACAACUGGGACCAGAUCUAAAAGUUACAAUCCUUUUGUCAAAUCACUAAGACUUAAAAUCAAUAUAUUUUUUUUAAAUAUACAUCUUGAUAUGAACAUUUUUGCUUUAGCAAUUAAUAUAUAUUCAAACCCUAUGAAUACGGAUACUCUGAAAAGAAUAUAGAAAAUUAACCAAGAGAGUAUUUUUGACGAAAAAAAAAAAUCAUGGCUUAAAAUUUAAUCCUGGGUUUAGCGCUAACGAGCGUUCGAACAACUGGGACCAGAUCUAAAAGUUACGAUCCUUUUGUCAAAUCACUAAGACUUAAAAUCAAUAAUUUUUUUUUAAAUAUACAUCUUGAUAUGAACAUUUUUGCUUUAGCAAUUAAUAUAUAUUCAAACCCUAUGAAUACGGACCAUGAGGCGACUAUACAAAGAAAGUGUUCGUAUUUAUUGGUUUUCUGCAAAAACUUUAUUCCACAGACAAGUUUCUCACUCAAAAGGUCGAUUGUUUAGAUAUUACUUUUAAGUUAAAAUUAAAAUAGCAUUCAAUGCCAAAAUAGUUAGAAACUGAUGUCUACUACGGGUGUCCGUAUCAAGAGAGUUGAAUUUAGCGAAAAUGUAAGUGCUUUCCAAAGGACAAAAAAAAACUGUUAUUGAUAGCAAGUUGUCCUUUAAAGUGGGUGUCUGUAAAUCGGGCUCCGGAUUGGAUUGUACAUGACGAUUGGGGAGAGCCUAUUUAUUCAUCUUUAACUCUAUCAAUCAAACACAAGAAGGACUAGAGGACUGAAAAAGCAAAUGCUUUUGUAAAUCAUAUACUUUUGUUACAGGCAAGGACUAUGGACACCACGCCGUAAAUCCGUCAAACCAGUGUCAGUGGUGUGACUUGCAUGACCCAACAACUCGUGCUAACAGUGUCUGGUCAAACCGCCCUGCAAUAACUUGUGACGAUCAAGAUGCAUGUACCAAGCAGGACACUUGUAAUGCCGGCAGGUAUGUACAGUUAGGCGUUCGUACUCAUAACUGGAAGAAUAUCUAUGUUUUGACAACUAGAUUCCAGUUUGCCGUGGGUCCGGGACAUAGAUCAUAGCGGAGGCGCCAUUGCUAUAAAAAAUGAAAACCCAUCGAUGCGCGAAAAUUUAGUUAUGACGUCAACUUUCGAACGCCCGCCCGUAGAGACUAUAAGGGUAGGAAAGGGAUAUGAAGGGAUUCUUAGACAUGCAUCUUGCGUUUGUCUAGGCAAGAAAUAAGCAGUUCAGAGGCAACCGAUAGACUUACUCAAGUAGAAAUCUAGAUUGUUUCUUGACUUUGACUUACGACAGAAAACGUCGAAUUCAGUGUCAUUAAUACAAUUUUAAGGGUUUCCUUUUCUCGGGGCCAAUCUAAUCUCAGAUUGGUCAAAAAUUUUUUUUAGAAACUGUGCAGUAUCUUGAAAUUUGUUUACCGACAAGUAAACUGAGGCUUUGUGUAAUUUAAAGACUCUAACUUUUGUAUACUUUCAAGCUUACGUACAACGGUCACCCUUAGGAAAUAGCAAGGAGACCGUUAUAUACAGGGUGACCGCUAAAUACAGGUCAACUUUGUAGGAAUUCAUAUAAGGUAACUGAACAUUUUUGGAAGUAGUCCAGGGUAACCGCUAAAUACAGAGCCGUUAUAUACAGGUUUGACUGUACUUCUUCCGUCUUUCGGUACAAAAUGAAUUCUGUUGUGGAACAAAGCUGGUUUGAUAGUUUGUCUGUCCGGUUCUCUGUUGAGGGAAACGGGCCAUUAGGUUAUUUCCUUUUAUUUAUUUUUACACAGGUCAUGUUCACGCGUCAUCUAUUUUUCGUCCCUCGCUGGUAGUCACAUGUCUGUGAGAAUGAUAUAAUACUGACCUCCCUUCUCCAUUCCAUUCAAAGUUGUUCCUCCAAGUUUGCUAGAAACUUUGAUAAGGGGUGGAGGGCGGAUCACAAGCAAAAGAUCAUGGACAGGCCAUUUAAGCCAAAGUAUGGUACAGUGUCUUAAGUAUUUUUGCAACCAGUUGUUGCGUUGAAAGUCAACGGGAUUAAUCAAACUUCCUUUUCGAAAGUUUCAUAGGCUUUCAGAGUCAAGAAAUACUGUUCUGACCUCACUAACUGCCUUUUAGAGCUGACAUUGAUUGUUUCCUUCUCUAGAUGUUUUGGGCAGGGCUACUCUUGUCAAUCUUCCUUUCCAUCCUCAAGUUGUAUCCAGACAUCUGUGUGUGUUGGUGAUGGUAAUUGCAGAUUUACCAUGAGGUCACGUAGAACAAUAUGCCGCGCCGCUGCGGACAUUUGUGACAAACCAGAGAGGUAAAAUGAAAAUAGAUUAUUUUAAUACGGUGUACUAGUGAUAGUUUUCAGAUCAAUUUUACCUCUGAGACGAACCAUCGUUUUUCAAUUCUUUUUUCCUGGGGGCCAACCAGUCGUAUGUACUGCAAAGCGCAAGUUAAUUAAAUUGAAUGGCAGUUUCAUAACCCGAAAUGACGUUUUAAGUCAUUAUUAAUUAAUAUUGCUGAUUUAUGUCUUGAUGGAAGGUGUAAUGGUGUCUAUGGAACAUGUCCUGGAGCAGUGACAGAUAGCGUUGUGUUAAAAGCCGGCCAAGUACAGUUCAUGGACUCAAAGUUUAACACGGUCGUCAAUUACCAGUACUUUACUGACAGGGUGUUUUUGGAGAUAACUGGAUUCCUUGCGUCGUGUGGAAAGAUUCAUCUUACAUGGUAUCUACUCUCUGCAAUGUCACCUUGCUCUUUAAAUUCACCUUUUAGUGGUUCUUUGUCAGGUACCAGCAGACAUCAGACCGUUUAUGGACUGAAAAUGAAAGAUAACACAAAAUACAAAUUUGCCGUCAGAGCGUCUGACAUGAGACGUAAGGUACAUAAAGUAGUAUGCACUGGCGUAAUAGUCAUGGAUACAUCAAAGCCACAAGGUGGAUGGAUCCGCGAUGGACCUGCGAGAGAUCUCAGUUACCAAUCUUCCAAAUUCCUCCAGGUAAAUUGGGGAGGGGUACAAACAAGAAAUGGUGUUGCUAGCUACGACUGGAAGGUGCGUAGCAUUCCGUUUAAGAGCAAUCAGUUCACCGAAGUUAUGCCAUUUAAGAACGCAAACCGAAACACAAACGCCGGAAUAUCCACCAGCAGCGUUUCGGACGGUUCAAAGGUAUUUUUCAUUGUCCGAGCGUAUACGAAGGCGGGAUUGUUUUCUGACCUUACAAGUGACGGCGUUGUCAUUGACACAUCACCACCAGUGCCAGGAAAGGUCUACGAUGGCUACCAGUUUAAGUCAGACUUGGAAUUUGCUAACUGGGCAAGUACCUUCAGCGCCAACUGGGACCGAUUUAUUGAUCCCCAUUCUCCUAUUUCACGAUACAAGUGGGCGGUGCUAAGACUUGGAUCUGGGCUUAUUACCCAGUUUAUGACCAGCACGCGUAACCGCGCUACAGCAAAUAACCUCAAUCUUGUUUCUGGGGAGAGGUACUGUGCAAUUGUCAGAGGCUAUAACGAGGCUGAUCUUUACAACCAAGUCCGAUCAGACUGUGUGUUGAUAGACCAUGAUGCUCCGCAAGCUGGUAUUGUCAACGAUGGACACUUCCGCGAUUUAGACUUCCAAACGGAGGACACCAUGAUAGCAGCUAAUUGGAAUGGAUUCAAUGAUGGAAGGAAAGGAAGUGGAAUCGUGGUGUACAAAUACAGAGUAACAGAAGAAGAUGGAAGCACAGUAGUUCCAUGGGCAUCGGCAGGCAAUAGAAGAAACAUUAAGCAUAACGGGCUGGUUUUGAAGAAUGGCGCAAAAUACUUUGUUACAGUAAAAGCAGUCGAUGCGGUGGGAUUUAGUACUGAAAUCACCACGGAUGGCGUUACAGUAGACACAACACAUCCUGUUUUCACAGGAAAAGUGACUGUAAUAGGAGUAGAUGACUUGAUAAUCGGAAAUCCGUGCGUUUACACAUCAAGUACAUCUUCAGUAACGGUGGAGUGGAUUGGUUUCUCUGACGUACAUAGUGGACUUCAACGAUAUGAAUGGGCAAUCAUCCCCUCCGUCAAGUCACCGUCAAACACUGACUUCGCAGAGGUAUCUCGAUCCAAUCUUCGAACGUCUGCAACAUUCCACAAUCUAGCACUUAUUCAAGGUAAAGAAUAUUAUGUCAUCAUAAGAGCGUACAAUAGAGCUAAGUUAUAUAAAGACGCGUACUCAGUCCUUGUGAUACCCGACUCCACCCCUCCAUCCCCUGGAGAGGUGUUCGACGGACCAACAUACAAAUUGGAUGUUGACUAUCAGGCGACGAUUCAUCAUGUUUAUGGGUCUUGGUCAAGUUUCACUGAGCCUCACACUGCAGUCAAGCAAUACUACUAUGCUGUAGGAAGCUGUAUCUCUGGAAACUACCAUGUUACUGGAAACGGAUUUGUUAAAACUGACCCUCCAACGACUUCUUCAUUUUUGAUAGAAAACAUUACACUUGUUAACGGUCAACAGUAUUGCAUUAAGAUUAAGGCUGAAAACAAAGCUGGGUUGAUGAGUUCUGAAGUAUCAUCAAAUGGUUUUGUCGUUGACAUAACACCUCCAAACACUCGGAAAGCUCAAGUGCGUGACGGAAUCACGGGUGCGGAUAUAGAUUAUCAAGCUAAUGCCACAGCAAUGUCAGCUGAAUGGGAUGGUUUCGUAGACCUAGAGUCUGGGAUCCAGUAUUAUGGAUAUGGCGUAGGCAGAAAUCGCGCUAGCACACCUUAUGUUUAUCCAUUAACAACUAAUGGCCUUAAAACUUCAGCGACUGCAGGUGGCCUAUCGCUGACAGAUGAUAUCUACUACUUCAUAGUUUGUGCUGUAAAUAAUGCGGGGUUACGAAGCUGCAUUAGCUCUGAUGGAGUACUAAUCGAUUUGACUCCUCCAAGCCGUGGUGUAGUGCACGACGGCAUCACUGAGCCAGAUCUGCAGUAUCAGUCCUCUCUGUCAAGUAUGGCUGCCAACUGGAAAGGAAUCUGGGACUUGGAGAGUGGUAUUGAGAAGUUUGAGUGGAGUAUUGGAACCAGUGCAAGUGAUAAGAACAGUGUUCAAGACUAUGUCGAUGUUGGUCUCUCUACUCACGUUAGAAGUCCAUCGGCUCUUAACUUAUCAAGUGGGACAAAGUAUUAUGUUCAUCUUAAGGUAAUCAAUAAAGCAGGAGCUGUCAUUGAACUUGUUUCAGACGGUGUUAUAGCAGAUGGGACGCCACCAAUACCGAGCACAAUCCAUCCUGGAUUUGGAUCCCUAGAUGAAUGGAUAUUCCGUGAAGAAAAGAAUGCCUUCUACUCUGCUACGAGCUCAAGCAUCGCUGUUUACUGGGACCAGUUCUCGGAGCCUGAAAGUGAGGUCUGGUACUAUAAAUGGUCAAUAGGUACAAGCAAAUGCGGUACUCAAGUUCAACCACUUAUUAACAUAGGCCGGUCAAACUACGCCAACACCACGACGACAAACCUCUUUUUUAGGCCUGGCGUGAGAUAUUAUGCCAGCGUGAUGUCAAGAAACAAAGCUGGCCUAGUGUCGAGGGCUUGCUCUGAUGCGCUUGUCUUUGAUAGCAGUCCACCGCUUCCAGGAAUUAUUCACAUAAAACAACCGCCAGGAAGCAAUAUAACUAAAACUUUCAUUACUAACAACAGUGCGGCUAUUUAUUGGGAAGGAUUUAGUGACCCAGAGAGUGAGAUACAACGAUGCAAUAUUUCAAUUAUUGACCAAGCUGGCGACAUUAAGUUCGAAGAAACCUCCAAUUCAUCUUCUGGGUUUAUCAUGAUACCUGACAACGUCCUCUUCGUAGGUGGUCAAUACAAUAUUAGCGCAUAUUGUAUCAACAAUGCAAAUCUUGCUUGCUUGUCAAGCUCAGUGUUUAUCGUUGAUAACACGCCACCAGUUCAGUCUGGUCCUAUUGUAACGGGUAUAUCAUGCGAUGGCGCUUUACAUUAUCAGUCUGAUGACAAAUCUAUUAAAGGAUCCUGGCUACCGUUCACGGACCCUGAAAGCGGUAUACAAAGAUAUUAUGUGGCAAUUGGUUCACAACCUUACCAAGAUGAUAUCGUUGGUUUUGAAAACGUGUACCUCGCUGCUCGCAUAAACAAGACCGACCUUACUCUUUCUCAAGGCGUUGUAUACUACAUCACAGUUGUAGCAGUAAAUCGUGCUGGAUUGAGCACGAACAUAUCAUCUCUUGGCCUUUUGAUAGACAAAACGCCCCCUCUUGUCGACAAUGCUGAUAUCAUAGAUGGUAUGCAUGGUGCAGACAUCGACUACAUCUCUCCUGAUACUGUACUAUCGGCCCACUGGGAAAAGGUAGCCGAUCUCGAAAGCGGUAUUAUGCAAAGCCAGUAUUGUGUUGGAACCAAACCACUUGGUUGCCAAAUAAAACCAAUCACCAGUAUCGGUAGAAAUUUGUCCUUUACUUGUCCAGAUUGCAUCAUUCAAGAGGGGAUGAGAUUGUAUGUAACAGUGCAGGUGACAAAUGGUGCUGGUCUAAGUGAGACACGACACUCUGAUGGAAUGUUUUUGGAUGUUAGUCCUCCGCUAAUGGGCGAUGUUCAUGAUGGAAGUCAUGUAACUGGAAUGGACUGCAAUGUAGUUCUUGAAAAAUGGAAUAUUUCUGUGACUUGGUUUGGGGUGGAAGAUGAUGAAAGUGGCAUACGUUCUUGCAAAUGGACCAUUGAAAGUGACAAUGGAAGGAUAUUUUAUGGGGAUAACAUCAGCAAUACCUCCAUUUAUGAAGAACGAAAUUUAUUCUUACUCAACCGGACAUACCAAAAUCUUCUUGUCAUUACCAACGCGACGUACUUCAAUGUUUUGACCUGCAUCAACAGAGCAGGUUUACAAUCCACCAAGCGUUCUAAUGGCUUCCAAGUAAGAACCAUAUGGCCUAUCCCAGCUGUUGUAAGGGAUGGUACAACCCAAGGCAAAGAUUCAGCUUAUCUAACAAGUUCCAAAAUCGUAAGUGCCAAUUGGGAUCCAUUUUUUGACGAUGAAAGCGACCCUGUUGUCGACUACGAGUUUGCUGUCGGGACACUGACAGACAAGGAGAGUGUCCUUGGCUUCACUAGUGUAGGGUUGGUGAAGAUGGCUGAAAUAGACUUGGCCCCAGGCAUUCCUGAUCUUGAAGUCUUAGAUACUGGUGCGACGUAUUACACAACCGUUAAGGCGACUUCUUUGUGUGGUCUUAGUUCGACGAAGCGCUCUAAUGGCUUUAUUGUAGACCCUAGCCCGCCAAUGCAAACGGAACUUUUAGUGUCACACAAAGUGAUCGAUCAGAUUGCACGGACAGUUGAAAUCAGUGUUUCGUGGGAUGGAGUCAGGGAUAGCGAAAGUGGCAUUAGCAACAGUGAGUAUUGUCUAGGUACAACACAAGGCAGUUGCGAAAGAGACCUUAUUCCGGUGGGUCUUUCUACGUUUGGAACCAUUGGUCCCUUUCGGGCUUAUCCAUGGGUUCACUAUUACGUAAUCGUCGCGGUUACCAAUGGAGCUGGUCUGACAACAGUUAUGUCCUCAAGGAAGUUAUUUUUUGACACCACUCCCCCAUCCAAGGGUACUGUAAUCGAUGGUAUCGGCCCUGACAUUGAUUACAUGAAUUAUACCAGCUCUUUGUCGAUUCAGUGGAAAGGAAUUCACGAUCAGGAGUCAGGUAUUGCAAAUUGUUCAUGGCAUCUUAUUGAACAGUCUUCCUCUGAAAACAGGACUGCAUUUGAAAAUGAUACUGUUGUGUUAACACAACCCGUGGAAAGCAAAGGAAACCUCACACGUGAGAAUCUCAGUCUGAUACCUGGCGCCCGUUACGUCAGCAAGAUCGCGUGCUCCAAUAACGACGGUUUUAUCUCUACGUCCUUCUCUGAUGGUGUUGUUGUAGACGUUACUUCGCCAAGGGCUGUUCUUGUGCGAGACGGGUCAUCUCUAUCAACUGACGUGGAAUAUCAGUCAUCUACAACGGUAGUAGAAGCAAUAUGGAGCCCCUUUGAAGAUCAUGAAAGUGGGAUCAGCGAAUACAGGUGGGGCUUAGGAACAAUGCCUGAUGAUGUUAGCAUCGUGAAAUUUACUUCUACUGGAAAGGAAACCACGGGAAGAGCAGGGAACGUCUCUCUUUCCCAUGGCGUAAGGUAUUACGUUACUGUGCAAGCUACAAAUGGUGCAGGGAUGACGUCACAUGGUUGGUCUAGUGGGUUUACUGUUGAUGUAACUCCUCCUGAGAUCACGGAGGUAAGCAAAGCUCACAAAUAUUUCUCCUACAUCUAGGUGCAAUUUGCAGACGUAAACCACAAAAAAAAUCGAACGUAUUUAAAACAGUGAUUAUUCUAUAUAACGGCUAAAAUCAAACCUAUGCCCGGCGGAACUACCUUUGCUGACCAGUAAUAACAUUUGUGCCUGUUUAUUAUGCAGGUAUCGGCUGGUUCAGAACUUUGGAUUGGCCCAAAAGAUCAUCUGCAUGCUACGUGGAAGGUGCAAGAUCUCGAAAGUGAUAUUAGCAAGACUGAGUAUUGCGUUGGAACGUCACCAGUCGGAUGUCAAAUAAAGUCCAUGACCGAAAUAUUUCCGAACUCAACAAAAGUGUCUUGCAAAGACUGCCGCCUUAAUCAUCAUGGGACGUACUUUGUCAGCAUCAGAGUCACUAAUGGAGCAGGGCUUUCCACUGUGGCAGUAACAAACGAAACGAAAGUUGAUAUGACUGCCCCUGUCCUCUAUGGUGUAGUACCCCAGUCUAGUGUUAUUUCUUGCAUUUCAAGUUGUAAAUUGGUUGCAAAUAUCACUGGUGUCCAAGACGAAGAAAGUGGCGUCCGAUCCUGCAGCUACGCCAUCAGAAACAGCAGUUUUAUGAUAACGGACUUCGUCGAUAUUGGACUGAACACAACCUUAGUAGCUACAGAUCUAGAGCUGCUGAAUUGGCAACAGUAUUACACUGUGGUGAGAUGUGAAAACAAUGUUGGACUUACCGCAGAGAGAGUCUCUUCUCCAGUAGCUGUUGACAACACACCUCUGUCACAGGUAUGGAUUCUUCCUCACAGAUAAAACAAUAAUUUAUAGGUUUUAAAUGGACCAAUUAAACUUAUUUCAAUUUCAGAAGCAAACUGCCUUUACCAUAUUGACAAAAAUCACGAUGCGUAGUAAUCCUUCAUGUUUGUACUAAUUGCUCCCACAUAGUUAACACGCCUUGGGUUUUUUAUUUCCAGUACUUAAGCGUCCUUGGGCAGUUCCUUUAAGUCUUGUUAGCGGAGCCUCCACUUCUAAGGAAAAUUGGAAACCCAUUGAUGCAGGAAAAUUUGGUUAUGACAUCAUCGCACGUAUCUGCGUACGUCCGUACGUUCUUUCAGUGUAGUACUGAGUAGAUACGAAUUCCUCCCCCUUCCCCAAGAGAGUUUUGUUCCAUGUUGCUUUAAAAGGCUUUAGAAAUGAUUGACCGAUCAGAAUCUGUCUAGUGAGCGUAUGUUGGUUUUUAGCGGGUAGGGGAAGACAUACCUUUGACACCUUUAUGAAGGACAUACAUUGUCAACAAAAUGGCUACACGAUAAUAAUAUAUAGAUUUAGCCAGGGCUAAAAGCGAAGCCUCCGUUUAUAUACUUAUAAUAAUACCAAUCAAAUUUGAACUAACAAGCUCUAAGCCACUAAUUGCCUGUUUACAUGGAGGUGGGGGACUAGCUCUUGGAAGGUGAGGUAACCCGUCUGUCCAUAUAAUCUCUCAUAUGGUCACCCCACCUAUCAUCUAAAUGUAAUAAAAAUAAAAUGAGAGAUUAUUUGGUCGACAGGCUGGUUACCUUACCUUCCUGAGGUCCCCCACCUCCAUGUAAACAGGCCCUAAAAAGUAAUCUUGAAAUCUUUAGGAGCCUCGAACAGUUAUGCGUAGCCUUUAUAUCUAUAGCGGAGCUCUGGCGCGCGAGGCGCGCCUGCGGCGCACCAUGGGUGAGAAAAUCUACCCAUCCCAGAAAAUUUGGUAAUCACGUGACCGUACACCACCCGCCCGCCCGCUGCCCGCCCGUCCGUCCGCACCACAGGGCAACCAAUGUUCAAUCUCACACUUUAUAGGAAGUUUGAGAGCACGAGACUGAUAUUGCACACAUCAGGAGCCGAUUACUUGGAGCCUCCAUAUGUGCUGUACCCUUGAGUCAACCCAUUCCCGUAAAGAAUUAUUUUUAGAACAGGCUUUCCCGCGAAAUUAAUGUGUUUUCGAGGACGUCCGCAUGUUUCUGUAGUGAGAAGAAAAUGGCGACGAAAGAGGGAAAUUGGGCAACAAGUUUACUCCUUGUUCCAUCACUGCAGCUCCUGCCUCCGUUCCUUCCCUUAAAACCGAGGAAAGCUGGUUUCGAGUUAAUAUAAAUAAUAUGUAAUCUGGCUUAAAAAUAUUGCUAUAUUUCGUUGCAACGCACGAGGUCGUGUUUGCUGUUGUAGCACUGUUCGUAUGUUUAAACUAGUUUUGCUCGUAAUGUUGUAUUCCACCGCCCUUAUUGCCCCCUUAGGGUUCCGGCCCAGAGGCUGGAACCCGAGGAGGCACCCCUAAUUUCCCCCGUGUAAAGAAUAAGUAUCGUAUUGUCGUACUGUUAGUAUGCGAAAAUUUUCUCGAUUUGAUGAAACUAGGCGCGCACGGUGGUCCCGGUUAAUUUUGGGCAUAUGCGCCUGGCUCAGCAACCGCGGAAACUGAGUUUGGCAACGAGUCGCAUCACAGGCGGCCCAGACAUAGUAUGUGUAAGAUGAAUAUAUUAAUAUUCAUAUGGAAAAAAUAGGAUGAGUCGUCGAAACUCUCAUGAACUAAAAUAGUCCAAAAGUCAAAAUAUAACAAAACAAAGCUAAGAUACCUUUAACUGAAUGUCUCCUUCUUCUUCCUGGCCGGUUAAAGUGGCAUUUUGUUGAGUUUUAAAAUCGUAAGUACUAUCCACUAAAGAAGAAUUAAAGGCUGGCUACAAACAGCUACAAAGCAAACGGACCAUCUCCACGCGCCUUCACGCGAAGCGCUAUAAAUUCGAGAAUAAUCGACGAACCCGCUUUAAAUUACCAUCGGCUAAUCUGCAGGUAACGUGUGCUCCUGCUUCUUGCUCGCUGGCUCCACAAAACCCAUCGCAACUGCACAAUAAUCGCUCGCUCAUCAAGAAACAUUGUUGACCUUUACGCUUCGAUAUGACCGCAAACUACCCCACGUGAAUAUUCAAGCUUAGCGACCGCGUCCGCGCGACAAUGCAGCACUUGCUAUGGGAGGGAUGAUAAUAUUGCUUCUAGGUCAAUCAAUCGGGAAAAAAAUAUUGACGCCCUUGUAAUUUUCAAAAAGGUCCAAUUUGCCCUAGGAUAUCCGAACAGAUACGAAUUUUAUAGCAGAGCUAAAAGAAAUGAGCGGCGGUGGAAAAAGUGAACAGGAACAUGUACCACAUUUCCUCCAUAAAACGUGAACAGGAAGUUUCUUGACGUUUCACGUUGUAGUCAUGCAAAUCAGAGGCAAGGAAAUAUACAAAAAAGAGUGCUGCAAUUAGACCUAUUGUUGUUUUUCAGAAUUCUGGUAAAAAAAAUAUACCGAAAUAUUCAACAAAAUAUGCCAAUACAGUCGCUAAAGACACAGGCGGCCCAGACGUAGUAUGUGUCACUGAAUGAAUAUAUUAAUAUCCACAUGGACAAAUUAUUGCGAUGAGUCGUCGAAACUCCCAUGGACUAAAAUAGUCUAAAAGUCAAAAUAUAACAAAACAAAGCUAAGAUACCUUUAACUGAACGUAUCCUUGUCUUUCCUGGCCGGUUUAAGCGGCAUUUUGUUGAGUUUUGAAAUUGUAGGUACUAUCCACUAAAGAAGAAUUAAAGGCUGGCUACAAAACAAACAGACCAUCUCAGGGUUCGAAAUUAACUUUUAUGUCCAGUUGCCCCUGGGGCAACCACAAGACUUGGUUUCGUUGCCCAUAGAAUAUUUUGGUUGUCCAAGCUCUUGCCCCAGUUCAAGCCAAGAAACUAAUACAGGUAGCUAAACAGUGGCUUUUAUUAAUUUGAACAAGAAAAUGAAAUACAAAUACAGUGAACUGUAUUCAAGAGUAUCUCAAUAAAAUGUUUUGACCAGCCUGUGUCUCCUUGUUUUUUCGCUCCCAAAGGCCGAUUUAUCUUUCGAAAACUGUCCGCAAUAACUGCAAAACAUAGCGUUUUCUUUCUCGUCAAAUUUCGGCCAGGGUCUUCUAGUCUUCCACGACUCUUGAAAUGUACGACACCUUUUUCUUGAACUUUCUUGCGCCUCGCCUAAUUCUGCUGUAGAUUUUGCGACACCCGUAGCAUUGCUUUGAUCAUCAUCUUUCUUCGUGGCUUCCAAAUUGUUGUUAUCGCCAACGGCCUUCACUUUCUCACGGCCGAAGUAGCGGAAGAGGCUCAUGCUAACUAAGAUGAUAAUAAUAAGAUGAAUGGUAAAUUGCCAUCGUCAAAACAAACAUGGCGGCAUCACAGAGCGGAUCUCACUAGUGCAUCAUGGACUAUGUUUACUGGUACCAACCGUUGAUUAAAGCACAACAGUCUCAUUCAAAUAAGAAUGUUGUGCAAAAACGAACUUCGGUCUCCAACGGUAGUGUACGUGAUACUUUAGUAUUUCUUCCGCGUUUUUUUUUUUCUUUCCACUAACUUAGUUUAGGUAUCGCUUACUCUCCAAAGACAACAAGCUGUUAUAUUUAUUCAAAUCUAUCAAGUCUUCAUUAAGGACUAGUGCCACGACAGAUUGGGUUGCCCAAGGGGCAACCACUUAGCACAAUUUGGUUGCCCCAUGGUAAUUUUGGUUGUCCGGGACAACCGGACAACCGUUAAUUUCGAACCCUGUCAUCUCCACGCGCCUUCACACGAAGCGCUAUAAAUUCGAGAAUAAUCGACGAAUCUGCUCCAAAUAACCAUCGGCUAAUUUGCAGGUAACGUGUGCUCCUGCUUCUGGCUCGCUUGCUCCACAAAACCCAUCGCAACUGCACAAUAAUUGCUCGCUCAUCAACAACCACUGUUGACCUUUACGCUUCGAUAUGACCGCAAACGACCAGGUUUAAUACGCGUCGUGACGCGACGUGAAUAUUCAAGCUUAGCGACCGCGUUCGCGCAACAAUGCAGCACUUGCUAUGGGAGGGAUGGUACUAUUGCUUCCAGGUCAAUCAAUCGGGAAAAUAAUAUUGAAGCCCAUGUAAUUUUUAAAAAGAUCCAAUUUGCCCAAGGAGCACCGAACAGAUACGAAUCUUAUAGCGGACCUAAAAAAAAUGAGCGGCAGUGGAAAAAGUGAACAAGAACAUAUACCACAUUUUCUCCAUAAAAAGUGAAAACCAGGAAGUUUUCUGGACGUUUCACGUUGAAGUCAUGCAAAUCAACGGCAAGGAAAUGUACAAGAAAGUGUGCUGCAAUUAGACCUAUUGUUGUUUUUCACAGUUCUGGUCAAGGGCAUCCAACUUUUAAUUUUUCACAUUUCACUCACCGGGUUAGGCUAUUUUUCGUAGAGAGUAAAAUGGAAUCCUAAAAUUUUCGGAUUCAAAAAUGUGAUGAAAGAAGGUAUCUGAAAAAUUAUCUCCUUCGUAAUACGUUAAAUUGCAUCUAAAAUUUUCGGGAAAAUAAUUCUGAAUUCCUCGUAAUUUUGAAAAGACUCAAGUUCCUCUAGAAUGGCCGAACACUGAGAUGCAAAUUUUAUAGCGCCACUUAGAAUGCAUUUCUAUAGAGCUAAAAGUACUUUAUGAAUAGCUACAGAAGUGUUUUCAAUUGAAAGUAUUUGAGGAAACAGUCGUUGGGUGGCCCUGUCUCGUUGCCUUCUCCGCUUAGCAUUACACGAUAUAUUUUAUAUUUAGUAUGAGCAAACUAUAAAUCAUUAGCUUCGCUUUUAGCCCUCCUGACUAAAUUUAUGUAAGCGCUGUUUAGAAUGCAUGCAAAAGUACUCUGGACAGCCUUAAAUGUGUUUUCAAUGCCUUUAGGGGGAAAUCAUCGUUGGGUGCCCCUGAGUUUUGAGAAUAAUAAUAAUAAUAAUAAAAAAAGAUAUCGCGCACAUAAAUUUUACUUUACGAUAUCUUCAGCUGUAUCUUCUAUUCAGCUGCAUAGCGGGGGCCAGAUUUUGCCUUUUUCCUGGGCGGAAAAUUCUCGUCCUCCUUCACCAGUUUGGACAACAUAUUAUGGAGUAAGACGUUGUUAAUCUAAGCAAAUAAGUCUGGUAGAGUCAAGAACCUAUGCAAGCGGCUGGACGAACAAUGUGACAGCAGCUGAGACAGCGAACGUUAGAAGAAUUCGAACUUGAAAACCAGGGCUGCCCUGUUGAAAACUUACGGACGGUCCCGCAAUCGCCUUUUGUUUUCUGGUCAAAACUAACGCAGCUAACCUUCGGUCAGUCGAUUGACCUAGAAGCAAUAGUACCAUCCCUCCCAUAGCAAGUGCUGCAUUGUUGCGCGAACGCGGUCGCUAAGCUUGAAUAUUCACGUCGCGUCACGUCGCGUAUUAAACCUGGUCGUUUGCGGUCAUAUCGAAGCGUAAAGGUCAACAGUGGUUGUUGAUGAGCGAGCAAUUAUUGUGCAGUUGCGAUGGGUUUUGUGGAGCAAGCGAGCCAGAAGCAGGAGCACACGUUACCUGCAGAUUAGCCGAUGGUUAUUUGGAGCAGAUUCGUCGAUUAUUCUCGAAUUUAUAGCGCUUCGUGUGAAGGCGCGUGGAGAUGGUCUGUUUGUUUUGUAGCCAGCCUUUAAUUCUUCUUUAGUGGAUAGUACCUACAAUUUCAAAACUCAACAAAAUGCCGCUUAAACCGGCCAGGAAAGACAAGGAGUCGUUCAGUUAAAGGUAUCUUAGCUUUGUUUUGUUAUAUUUUGACUUUUAGACUAUUUUAGUCCAUGGGAGUUUCGACGACUCAUCACAAUAAUUUGUCCAUGUGGAUAUUCAUAUAUUCAUUCAGUGACACAUACUACGUCUGGGCCGCCUGUGCUAAAGACAAUUUCUUUUAUUUGGACACAAGCACGGGAACAGCAGAGCCAAAGUCCGCACAAACUUUGUAUAACCAAGGGUACGGAUUGCGUAAAAUAUUAACAGAUGUUGCUAAUGAAAACAAAAUAUCCAUCCCGCUGAAUAUUUAUAGUUAUUUUGCUGCUUUUAAAAAUAACCUUCACCCGAACAUAAAAAUGAGCACUUUGAUUCGAUUAGCUAACGACAAUGAUAUUAUAUUUCGCAACGCUGGAGCACCCAACUCAAAAGUAUUGAUAACCAAAUUCAGAUUAUGGUACCCAAAACUAAUUCUUAAUGGAGCGGGAAUGAAACAGUAUGUUGAAAAUUAUCUCAAACCAAAAACUUGGAAAUAUCUGAGAGAGCAUCAGGAAAUUUACCAAACUGCAGCUGUGAGUUCAUUUUUCAGAAUAAGUAUUGGCAUACAAAGGCCUCGCCAUGUAUUUCUGUGGGUAAAUCCCACAGCUUCAUAUAACAGCCAGGAACAUAACAUUUUCACUUUCAAAACAUUCAGCAUAGUUGCAAAUACCAGAUAUUUCAGCAAAGCACAACAGCAAGUAAAUAAUAGCAUCUAUUACCCUCAACUUGAACUAUCAGCUAAUGAAGAGAGUAGAUUGUACAGAACACUCAUGAGCGUUAAUUCAGGUUACAAUGACUUUCCCAGUGGGUCACUAUUAGAUCGAUCGAAUUUCAGGAAUCUGUUUGGAAUCAUUUAUUUUGACUUGAGAAACCAAGAGGAAGAUACCAAAAACUCUGUUGUAUCACUGACUUUCCGAUAUGAACUAAAUGGAGCCAAUAAUACUUAAGCAAUAGACCACACUUUCUAUGGGUUUACCGGCGUGAUAACCCACGCGGGAUGUUGGGAGAACACGAGAAAAGCUUGUAAAUCACUCGCCUUCGGCUCGUGAUUUACAAGCACUUUUCGAGUGUUCUCCCAACAUCCCAAGUGGGUUAUCACGCCGGUAAACCCAUAGAAAGUGUGGUCUAUUGCUUUUAUAAAAUAACUUCUAGAAGAAUGGAGUGCUUUAGGUAAAAAAUAUGGUUCUAGUACCGUGAUCAAAUCACGUCUUCUCUCUAAAGUCAUCAUAAGCCAAUCAUGACUCACGAUUUAAUAGCGUUGAACUUUCUCAAAACUCAGUUCAGUCAAACAACAAACAACAGCACUUCAAAACACGAGUUUUUGCACUCAUUACAUGAUAACUUAUGAAAGCUGUUUUACAGGAAAAGUCAACACAUAUUCGUGCGAACAUACAAUGAAAGAAUACGUUCAUGGUUUGUUUACUACAGAAGUAGAAAUUAAUUGAACAUCAGACUGUACGCAGCUGUAUUGUGUUGAGUCGAUCCGUAAGAAUUUCAUUUUUACAGACGGAACUGACAGCUAUUGCAAUGGAGGACUUCAUUCACUUUUUACAAGCUGCAGUGGUUUGAGAUCUGUUUUCUGGACUAUUAUGAUCGAGAAAUGCUGGGGUAACGAUGUGGCUGCAUUUGCGAAGUUGUCGCAUGUAACUUUAUAUGCACGUACAGCGACCGAUGGAAAUAUGUCAGUGGUGGAGAAAGGUUUUUUUGCCGUAGCCACAUAUUGGCGUAAAUAUUUGUCGAUUCGUGAAGUCUAGGUUAUGGCAUCGAUAUCACCGAAUAAUUUGUGCAAAUGUUGGAAAAAACCGGCGCGAAACUCUGACACCUUUCAUCAUUGUUGGCAGCUUGUUUACAACCUACAGCGGCAGAUUUUGUACCAUAUCUUGAUCAGAGAUCUCUUUUUGGAACAAUUUCUUUCAUUAAGGCAUUUAAUUUUGACAUAGAAUAAAUCAAGAAUGCUAAAACUGUCCGUUUUGUUGCUGGUUGGCACAUGGGUAAGUUUUCCUAGAGACUUUCUACACCAGAAAUUCACAGAGUUAUUGUCUUUCACUGCGAUUGGCAUCGUCGUGAAAUGUAGACUGUUUUCCAGUUUUGUACUUUAUAACUUCUAAAGCUAUGGCAGUAGCGAAUUGUGAGGCUCAGUAAUAAAAUGUGGAAACCAACGUUUUUAAUAUUAAGAAGGGCUGGGUAAGUAACUUGUUCUGUUUUUUAGCCUUUCUAAAAUCGUUGUUUGCAGAUCAAUAGCGGGUUUUGUUUAUGGCUCGUGGUCCGGAUGCCUUUUUCUAUGGGUUUACCGGUAUAAUAAACCAUAGGUUUUUGACCAAUCAGAUCACGCGUACUAUCUCAGUUAUUUUAUAAAAAUUAUUAUAUGACUGAGUCUGUUUUUUCCAUGCGAUUGGUCAAUUUGCGGUCCGUAACUUGCUAUAAGGACCAAAAUUUCAAAUAAAAUGCUCAUUUAGGAGCUCUAAAUCUCUUUACCUCGGACAAAAAGGUUAAAAUUAAGUUACAAGACGUCUAUCAAACUUGAGGACUUAGAUUUUGACUUUGUCCUUCAACAUUUUAAACUGUGUUUAUUUGUGAACGAAGGCGAUGAAGAAACUAACUCGUACUCUUAUCGAAGAGGAUUCUAGUCAUUGUUUGAAAAUUUUAUCGUAGUAUACAGUUAAGAAGACGAAAAUCGACUGGCAGAGAUUCGAGAUGUUUUGCCUAAGAGAAAAUGAGUAAUUCCUUCGACAAAUAUGAUAACAAACAAGCCUGCACCCGAUCAUCUUGACGAGCUUCUUUGUCAUUUGCAGGGUUUUUCCAAAGACCAACGAAAGAAAGAUAUAAUAGAAGCGACUCCGAGCCAGACUCAAUGUCCAGUUUUCAAAAGACUCCACCGUCACAAUAGCGAAUGAAUACUUACAGUGCUCUUAGUUUUGACCGAAUAUACUUAAAAAUAUGUCUCUUAACCUUGAGGACUGGGAUGUUGACUUUGCCUUUCCAGAUUUUAACCGAGCUUUGUUCGAACGAGAACGAAGCUGUAGAAACUGAAUCGUAACCUUUCCGUGGAAGAAAAUAUGGUCCGUGUUUGAAAAUUUUAACGCAGAUCACGCUUGACGACGAGAAUGAACUGGCAGAAAUUCGAGAGGUUUUCCCAGAAAAAUUAACGAGCGAAUCUUCGACAAUGACAACAAACUUACCUUGAAAAGCUUCUUUGCCGGCGCGCCUUUUGCAGUGUUUUUUUUUACAAGGACCAACGGAGGAAAGAUGGAAACGACUUCGAGAAAGACACAGUGCCCGGUUUCCAAAAUACUCCAGCGUUACAUUAAAGAGCUAAAACGUACAGCGCUCUUAGUUUUGACCAAAUAAACUUUUUCAACAUGGCGAAUUUGUUUUCACCUUCUCGGAAACCCUUUGUUGUGUGCUAUUGUUUUCGUGAGCCAAUAAAAAUUUUCAUUCUUGACGCCUGUCAAAUGAUUGUCAAAUCGCGCGUCCUGCACUUGUUUCCGGUCCCCGAAACUGGAAGAAGCCAUAUAACAGUUCGGAAUAUCCCUAAAUUUAAGGACAGGGCCAACUGGUCACGCGACACUUUUCAACCAAUGAGAAGGCGCGCUUGUGUUUAUCAACAAACAAAUCAAAACAUCGCCCCAGUGAUCAAAAAUUUUCAAAACAACGGACGGAGUCGGACAGAAUUAAAGAUGAGCUUACAGUACUCGCCUAGGUUUCACAUUUAAUAUUUCAAAGAAAACAUUUCAUGUAAGAGAAUAAGAGCAUUAGUCAUUGCAAGGAAUCAUUUGGGUGUUCGAACUGAUUCCUGACCGAUCGCAGAGGUCGUGGCUUCACUGGCAUGGCUUGCAAGAUUUUUGAUAGAAGCAACUGGUCCCGUGAAAAAUAGCCUUAGAGGGAGUGUGAAAAUUUGUUUAGAUCGUACAAAACAGGAUUGGUACCACCUAUUAACUUCUACAGGACAAGAAUCAAAGAACCAGUCAUCAUAACAAGAAUAGAAAGUAGUUCAAAUUUAUUAAUUUUUCUUGUUUUUUUUUGUGUUGUUUCGUGUUGACUUCACGCAUCUGGUGCUUUCUUUGCUUGCUGUAGUACCUGCAAUGUUUUAAUUUUAUCCCAGAUAAUCAGUGCAUGUUCAAUGAGUAGCGAAAUACAGCAUUUACAAUUGAGAUUUGCCUUGUUUCUUUGAUUGUUUUUUAACGGUGGGUGAACAUUUGGAGAAUCCAACAACAUUAAAUCUUUUCCAGAUUAGUGAAUUUCAGAAACAAAGCGGUUAGUAUCUACCUUCCGUACCUUGCGCUUAUGAUCUUCAAUUUCAUCCCCGCAAAUUCGGCAAAGUGAGGCGAGAUGUUGGACGUGAAUAUCCAAUGAGACUAAUAAAGUUGUUUUGGCCUUGAAAAGAAAAAAGGCAAAGGCUCGUACUAAUGCGAAAAAAAGUAAUAACACGGCUUUUGUGAGAAACCCGGGAGUGGAAAACGUACGUGUUUUGGACCUCGGAAUUCAAAAAUUGUCUACCAAAAUUCUAGGUUGUCUACCAUCCCCACAUUCAACAUGAUAAAAGUUAAUCGAUAUGACAAUCGAGGAAUAUCUAGAACUAAAUCUGUGAAUCAAAAAAAUAAUAGAUACUUGUUCACCUACCUUGAAAACUGACCAAAAUCUCUCCUAUACAACCCGUUGUUUAAAAGAUAAAAGAAGAAAUAAGCCACAAAAUGUGCUGAAUAUUUCACGAGACACUUCCGAUACGCUGUCCACUUAAGAAAAUUGUGUGCCUCAUCAUGAAAAGUCUUAAAAAUAUGCCUGAGAAGCUCGAAACGAUGACUGAUUCUGUCCGACUCCGUCCGUUGUUUUGAAAAUUUUUGAUCACUGGGGCGAUGUUUUGAUUUGUUUGUUGAUAAACACAAGCGCGCCUUCUCAUUGGUUGAAAAGUGUCGCGUGACCAGUUGGCCCUGUCCUUAAAUUUAGGGAUAUUCCGAACUGUAUAAUAAACAUUUUAUUAGCCUCGUUUUUUCGGUCCGUACUGUAAAUUACGGAUCCUCGUUUUUUUCCAUCGAUUUAUGGCCCAAGCUCGAAGCGCGCGGACCAUAAAUCGAUGGAAAAAAACGAGGAUCCGUAAUUUACAGUACGGACCGAAAACUCGGCUAAUAAGAGGUAUUUACACUUUGAACGCCCUAGCUUUGCAUGAAAAAGAAAUAGAGUUGUACACUUCCAGUGGUAAACUACUAAUUAAAGCUUAAGUUAAACAUAUUUCGUGAUUGCAUAAAUUAUAUAACGUAUAUUAUAUACAAGUAAUGGCAAAUUAUCAUUCUUAUGGUGUGCGACUUAGCCAAGGACAAUUACAAAAUCUAUCCAGAGUUUACAACGAUAUUCAGCAAUAACGAUCAGACUUACUAAUGAUGAAUUGUCUGGCCCAGAUAAACUGAUGUUGACAAAAACUCAGAUUAAUAAAUUGAAAAAAGCAAAGAGCCAAGGUGUGGGUUCAGAUAUUAAAAUAUCAAAAACACAAAUACGAAAAGCAAUAAAGCAAGGCGGGUCUCUAUGGUCUAACCUAAUUUCACUUGGAACCCGAGCACUUCCUUAUACUACUUCAGCCAUUUCAAAGCAGUCCCAGCUUUAGCAACAGGUGCGGUGAGCGCUUUAAGAAGCCUUGGAAUAGACAAGAUUUUUGGGAAAGGUGUUCAACAGGGAGGAUUUUUCAUUCCACAGAAUAAAAUACAACAAUUGAUUAAAUACAGGCAUUUACUAACCGCUGGUCAGAAAAAACAAAUUUUAGAUUCCUUACAAACAGGUAGUCAGUUGGUUAUAAGGCCAACAAGGUAACAAAUAGAAGGAGGAGCUUCAGGAGCAAUACUAGCUAGUGUGGGAAUACCUCUAGCAAUUGAAUUAGCUUCGAAACUGUUUUGAAGGGGAUUGUUUCCACAAUAUCUAUACCAGCAGGAUCUUCUAGGGGUGGUAGAGGUCUCCAGGUAUCUCGAAAACCAGGAUAUUUAAUGCCUUAUCAACCGCCUCCAUUCUUUGGCACAUGGGAGAAUCCUGUUGGAAAUGGGAUGAGUUAAAAAAAGGCUUGAGGGUUUGUUACUAGGAAAAAACAGCCCAUUCAACGGAAUUCCACUCUUAGGAACAAUCCUGUAAAACCUCCAUUCAAAAAUAUACCACUAUCCAACUUGAUCUUACAAAUUGGUGUAAUUAUCUGGACAUUAAAAUAAAGGGUAUCUUUAGCAGAAACACGCAUAUGCCAAAUCAACGUAGCCCAUGUAUUAUCAAUCUUGAUGAUCGUCAAUCUCAGGGAACACAUUGGGUAGCAUGUGCACCAUCACAUGAGAAUAGAAAGAUUUUAUGGUAUUUUGAUUCAUUCGGUAUGUACUAUCCUAAGGAAUAUGAAAAUAGAGCCAAAAAGGAUGGUAUGAAAGUGAUUUACAAUACAGUUCCAUAUCAACAUAUCAAAAGUGUUUUAUGCGGUUAUUACUGCAUUUAUUUCCUACACAGAUGGUCACUUGGAGAGGACUAUUAUGACAUUCUGCAAAGGUUCAGUAUCAAUGAUGCCAAUUACAAUGAGCGGUUUAUAGAAAAAUAUUUUAAAUUAAUAUAAUCCAUAUCUAUAGAAUGUCAGAAAAAUUAUGUGUAUAUUGCCAAGAAGUCACUCCUCAUUAUGUGAAUGAAUAUGGAUGUUUUGAGUGCUGUAACUGCGAACCACUAAGUUGCAGUGAGUAUGAGUCGGAUAGCUCAAGUGGAGACCCCACUUAUGUGCCUGGUAGUAAAUCAGUUAGUGAUUAAAUGAUAUUUGUUCCCUCCAUUCAGUGAUUAGAAGACAUGUACCGGGAAAGCUACCCCGUAAACUGUACGGGUCAGGGGCCCGUUGAUCGAACGUCCCGAUAAUUAACGGGCCCGGUAAGCUGUCUCCGUUUACAUUAAAGAUUGAGGUUUUAAUAGUUUUGCAUCUAACAUGAUAAAACUAUCAGUUAAUGAAACAAAAUGGAGUAGUUUGCCAGCCAGGACCGGCGCUCCUAUUAUUUAUAUUUCGAUUUAAAUAUUUGAUUUCGGGCCCGAAAAGUUACCGGGACUUUGGAGAAACGGGCCUAAGGUCUAAGACCAUUUUUAGCGGAGCUCCACGCGCGCGCUUCGCGCGCGCGUGGGUGGAGCCCCAUACCUAAGGAAAUCUACCCAUCCCAGAAAAUUUGGUAAUCACGUGACCGUACACCGACCGCAGACCGUCCGUCCGCACUCGCGGACCAAGGACCGCUGAGCGAAAUUUGGUGAUAUUUUUCAAGAGUCGAUAAAACAAAAAAUUCAUAGUCUACAGCAAUAUGCUUCCAACAGCAGAAAUAAGUUGAUCUGAAAACCUGUUCUGCAAAAAGGCACGUCUUCCCGUUGCGUUUUAUUUAUUCGCGGGCUAAGUAAACAUGAACAUAUAAUUUACGGUGCCGCAAAAAUCCAAACUUCAAGAAAGACAAAUUAACCUACCUGUCAACAAACUUUAAUUUCGCGUUUUCACCCACAGCAAGAAAGCCGAACCUUCGUCAUAUGAAAGAAUUCUAAUCAGUAAAUCACGAUAUGUUUCAUUAUUCAACGUAUUUUUUUUCUCGACGAAAUAUUUCAUCAUUUUCGGAAAAGUCGCGGACCAAGGGCAUCGCGGACUUGCGCGGACCAAGGACCACAUACCGUACGCUUAAAGGCUCAGAAUUUAUUAGAGACACUUUAAUGCUUGUCUUCGUGAAUGAAAAUUGUUGUCUCUGUAAAUGUUUCACAGUAGUAGUUAGUAGUAUCUCUUGCAAUUUUAAUCGCUUGUCCGUGCCGUUUGUUUUCAUCGUUCAUGAACAUCGCUUGCAGGAGUACUCAAAAAUGUCGCGCGUAUCAAACGCUUGAUAAGAUUACACAUCGUUAUAACUGAAACCAUUAAAUAACAAAAAAAAAAUAAAUUCGCUAUUAUGUUGAAGCGUAACUCUAUUAAAGUUCAUUCAAACACUCGACCACACUGACAGUUCGCACUAUAGAAACGAGAACCAGCUGGCCGUAUGGGUGAUUUUGGAAAUUUUGUGAGUGCAAUUUGUCUUGAAAAAUUGUGAAUACCGUAUUCUGUCCGAGGUCUGUAUGAUCAAUAGUACUGUUUCACCUCAAAUGUGAUGUAUAAAAAUUAUAAAAGGUCGGUUUAAACACCCCCAGAUUUGUUGGCAAGAAUUUGUAAAGUAAACCUGUUGAACGUCAAAAAAUUGGGCGUGAUUUGUUUUCCAAGAAUUUGUUUUCGAGGCCGCCUAAUCUACUGUGAUCUUGAAUGUGAUCGAAGAUGUUUGCUAUUUUUUGGGUGUACAUAUAAGGUUGUCAAUUCGAUGUAAGAUGUUUCACUCUAAAAUAACUUAGCCUUUCCCACAAAAGUCACAUGAAUGUGCCCUUAAGUUAACUGAAUUGUGGAUUAAAAGUUUAUUGUUUGAUUUAAAUUAUAAAUUUAUCAAUUGGAGCUUCGCUUUUAGCCCUGGCUAAAUCUAUAUAUUAUAUAACAUGUAGUAUAUACAAGAAUGGUGAAAUCUUAUCGUGUAAAACAGAAGAAACAGACCGAAGGCGUGCCUGGUUCUGAAAAAAUUGUUACAGCCAAGAAGGUAGAAGGAUGAUGAAAUGUAAAUGUGCCGAAUGCGGGAUUACAAAAGUUAAGUUCGUGAAGGGAAACUAAUUUAGCCCUCUCAAGCAGGGGGCGAUUUAUUUGACACUGCUGUUGGUACCGCUACUGAUCUAUUUGUGCAUCAUGCCCUUCCAUGGAUGGGAAAAAGGCAGUUGAAAUGGGAAGAUAUUAUGGUUCCGAGACUCUAAGAAACAAAAAUCUCCAGAAGGAAGCUGUAAAUUAUGGACUCCAAUGAUAGAAGAUGCUGGGGGAAAGGCUCUUGAUGAAUUAUCAACAAAGAUUAGGCCAAACAAAAGAUAUAAAACUGAAAGAAAAGAUUUGGAUGACGGAUCUAUGCAAUUAUUAGCCACCAAACUACAUAAUAUUUUAACAGACCCCAAAAAUAUCAACAGGAUCUGGCCAAAUAUGCAUGGGAACAAGCCCAAAUAUUUGGAUAUGGGGGAACAUUGGGGCAAUUUUCAUCGACACUCGGUUUAGGACAUAUUUUUCAACAAGGAUCUGGCAUCCUAGAUAAGGCUCAAGAUAAGCUUACAAAAAGUGGUGUAGCAGGUUCGCCAUGGCAUGUGAAUUUUAAAAAAGGCAUAGAAUUGUUUAAAGACCCUGAUUUAUGGAAAAUUCCCUCCAAAAAAUAAGAAACAGACAUGAAAAAGCGUGUGGAUGCGUUAAAAAGAUCCUAUGAUGCAGUAAAAAAAUUGGGUUUCAAAGGAUCGUACACUAGUUUUGCAAAAAAGAUUGGAGCUGUUCAUAAACCCGCUUUUACAUUUCCAGGAUUUGGAAGUGGAAUAGAUAUUCAAAAAAAUUUAUCAAAACUUGAAGAAUUGCAUAUGAGAACACCAACUUUAAAAAAAUAUAAUUAUUGUGGUCCAGGAACAAGGUUAAACCAUGCGGAUCCCAAAGUACGGAACCUAUCAACAAAUUAGACGCUGUCUGUCAGAGGCAUGAUAUCAAGUACAGUCAAGCCAAAAGUUUAAAAGACAAAACAUAAACCUGAUGACGAGAUGCUUGAUGAAAUCUCAAAAAUACCGUACAAAGGUCGUCCAUGGGAUACUACAGCUGUUCAGGGUAUUAUUAAAGCUAAAAGAAAACUUGGUUCGGGUUUAGACUAAAAAAGCCGUCGAGUGAAGAAAUACGUUGGGAACAGCAAUUAGCAGAUGAAUUACAUACGCCCAUAAAGCGUAAUUUUACUCGGCGGCGUGUUAUUGUAAACGGUAUCGACAAAAUUUGAUGCUCUAAUCUGGUUGAAUUGCAACAAUUCAGUAAAUUGAACAAGGGUUAUAGAUAUCUUUUCAUGGUAAUGGACCUGUUCUCCAAAUAUGGCUGGAUUGUCCCUGCAUUGAAGGAUGAAAAAGGAGAAAUUGUCACAGAAGCAUUCAAAACCAUCUUCAAAGAGGGCCGAAAGCCGCAAUAUCUGUGGACUGAUAAGGGGCAAGAGUAUUAUAACAAACACAUGAAGUUAAGGAAUCUUUUGGAAAAAGAUAACAUACCACUAUACUCAACCAAAAAUGAGGAAAAACCUAAUGUUUGUGAAAGAUGGAAGCGUACAAUCAAAACCAAGAUGUGGAAGCAGCUCACUGUCCAAGGCAAUACCCAAUAUCUCAGUGUACUACCAAAAAUACUGGAGCAGUAUAAUAAUACUAAGCACAGUUCCAUUAAAAUGACACCUGUAGAAGCCAGUAAAAAAAGAAUGAAAGUGCCGUGUAUUUUAAUCUAUAUGGUUUUUUUUUGUGCAAUUGUCAUCUAAGCCCAAAUUCAAGGUUGGUGAUAAAGUCAGUAUAAGUAAAUACAAAAGAAAGGUGUUUGAUAAAGGCUACACACCUAAUUGGACUGAAGAGAUAUUCCUGAUUAAUAAAAUUCAAUCCACAAAUCCAAUCGCCUACAGAAUAAAGGAUCUCAACAACGAGGAGAUACAAGGGAGCUUUUAUGAACCGGAAUUACUGAAGGUAACACAAGAUAUAUUCCGCAUUGAUAAAGUCAUUCGGAGGGAUUAUAAGAAGAAACAAGCUCUUGUGAAAUGGUUGGGUUAUAGUGACGACUUCAAUUCCUGGGUUCCACUAAAGGAUUUACAAGAUUUAUCUAACUAAUAGUAUAAAUGGAAGAUCAUAUAAGAAAGUUGAACAUCAAAAUCCGUAAUAAGGAAACCGAGCUGAAUGGACUAUUCACUAAAAUCCAAAAUUUGAAAAAGAGACAUCACGGCACAAAAAACUAGUCUCCAAAAAACUGGGAACAGUGGAGAUGUUAUUAACAGGCGUCCUAGGAGUGAUCUUUGAAGUUGAUGAGGACAAAAAUAAGAACUAGAAGGGAUAUAAAGAAAUUAUUUAAUGUGUGUAUAAUGGUGUAUAUGUUGGAAAAAUUGUUCCAUAAUGCAGACUUGGAUAUAGAUCUAACUUCAUUCAUUGAUAAUAAACAAAAUGUAUGGUUUAAGGGUAAAGAUGUUGCCCUGAUCCUCGGAUAUAUACUCGUGAUGCUAUUAAGAGACAUGUAUCUGAAAAUCAUAAUAUAAAACAGCUCUCGCGAAACACGACGGUGGUCUGAGACCUAUUUCAUUGAUGAAGCUGGAUUUUAUGAACUUGUUUUUGGUUCAAAAUUGAAGACAGCAAAAAAAAUCCGUGAUUGGGUAUUUACACAAGUACUCCCAUCCAUCAGAAAACAUGGGCAGUACAAACUGUUUGACAAUCCCAAUAACCACAUGUUUAAGUUUGAAAAUGAGUUUGAUCUUCACACCAAAGUUGUGGAAUAUAUUAGGCGAUUUUACCCUGAGUGCAUUCUUGUGGCAACAUUGGGUGAAAACCACGAUACAUCAUGUAAAAGAAUUAACAGUUGGAAACAGGGUUAUACUAAUUAGGCUCUCCAGACCUGCUGCUUAUGAAUUAUCAUAAGGAUUAUACCGGCUGUAUUGAAUUUAAGAGAGCCCUAGCAACAAUUAGCAAAUUUCAGAAGCACAAAAAGAGAUAAAAAAACGUUAUAAAGAAAAUGCCUAUUAUUUCAUCCUGAGUAAUGACUAUGAUUUAAUAAUCCAAUAUCUAAAUGAAUAUAUGUAGGGAAUAAGAGAACCAUGCAAAUACUGUGGAAAAUAAUUCCUUUCAAAGGAAACACGAAAAACACAUUAUAAAACAAUCCAUUGAAUUGAAAAAUAAUGUAACUAUAUAUUAAUGCCACUAGCCAGGAAGCUAGUCAAUAUCUAUUGCUUGAACUAUUUAACACGCCUCAGUCUUACUUCACCUUAGAGAGGCCCUUUUAAUUUACAUUCCAUAAAUAUAUACAAAGUAUAUAUAUGGAAGAUUAUAUCCGUCUUUUAUCCCAACAACAGCCACUUUCUGGAGGCACCAGUUUAAUAACUAUGUAUAUUCCUCCAAAUCGUAGAGUAAGCCUCAGUAAACAAAAGUUGACCAAUACCAAUGAAAUGGGCCUUGUCUCAAAUAUAAAGUCAAAAGUCGUUCAAAAGCAAACGAGAGCCGCUCUAAAAUCAGCAUUAUAGCAAUUAAACCAGCUAAAAAAAACCCGAAUUUCAUGUCGCGGGUUGUUACUACUGUCUGGCAUCAUAAAAAAUAUUUGUGAAGGUUACAAAGGAUCAGCACUCAUUGAGGCUGAGCAAGCAAUAGGAAAAGCUGAUUAUAAAUGCGGCAAGAGCUUUUAUUUGGAUCCGAUUUUAGAUACUUAUAAAAAGAAAAUAAUUGAAAAUCCAAUAGUUGAUAAAAUAUUGGAAAUGAUUGCAAAAGCACAUAUAGAUAGGUUGGAUUUUGGACUCAAAAAGAUAACCAAAGAUUAUUCCCAUGUCGUGUUUACAAAUGAAAUCAAAUAUCAAAGCUACAAGCCAGAGCUAAACUCAAUAUAAAUAUAUUAAUAUAUAUAUAUAAAUAAUAUAGUCGCAAGCUAUUUCGGUAUGGUGAUAUGAUUAGGAUUCGCUGGUUUUAAACUAUUUUUAUUCCAAGAAUUUCCCGGAUCAGGCACCCGAUUCCUGGACAAAACCGAAAAGUCAAAUUCCAGGAAAUUUCCAAGUCAAGGUCAAGGCCAAAUAUUUGAAAAUGGCCUGGUGAGCCCAUAUUGUAUACUACCCGCAUUAAUUUGUGCACCAGUUUUGCACUUUGUAUUUGGAUCUGAAAUAAGGUCUGAAUAAAAAUGCUGAAUAUUUAUGAAAGAGAGAGAGAGAGACCACAAUGAGAGGCAACAAAGGUCGGUGGACGAGCGAAGCGAGAGAGAGAGUGUAGCGAUAAAGUGAAAGUGAAAUUUGGGAGUCACAGCCAUCGUAGUGAUAUAAAAAUUUUCCCGUGAGGUGUUUGUUUUCUUUGAGGGGAGAUAUAUAUAGGAAAGCAAAUGAUAACUUCUUUCGCUACCAAUAUUAACUAUAACUCUUUAACCUACACAAAAUUGUGCGGUACGUGAUCAGGUGUUGUCAAAAGUGUAAAAUAUCAAAUCAGUGUCUUCCCCCACCCCCUAAAAACCAACAUAUGCUCACUAGACAGACUCUGAUUUCUCCCCCAGUCUAGCUGCCUUUAGAUAAUUGAUCAGCAGUCAUGUUUAAACUUUUACAAGGUAAAGGGAACAACUGGCCACAGCAUACUCAAAUUGGUGCAACUAUGCACUUGAUCAGUCUCUGAAAUGCUCGUUGCCUGUGCUUUUUCACUUGCCAAAAACACUUGCUUCAUUAUUUCAUUUAUUUUAAAAGGAUCAAAGACCAGUGUUUGGAGAAAGGGCAGGUAGGUUGCAUGGUUAAAUUACAAGCUAACAUCCUUACUUGUGUCCUAUCUCAUGGGCGAUUGUAUACGCUAACGUAAGGCCACUGUCUUCAUUCACUUUGCAGCUUUUGUCUUUAAUUUGGUGCAGAGACCGUUUACCUGUGAAAGGCCUAAAAAUAGAUAAGAGAUGAGCUAAAUUAUAUAAUAAUAAUAAUAAUAAUAAUCUUUAUUUCUUAAGAUAAAAUUACAUAUCCUAAGUUACAAUAUAAACUCAAAAAACUAUUUACAUAUCAUAUCUAAAAAUUAUUCUGUUACUAAAAACGUUCUUAAACCUGUAUUUAUAGUGAACAGUUUCGAGACAAACUCAAAAUGGCCGUGCACUGAUGUUACGGCAAUACAGUCAGUUUUGUUUAGUCUUUUUAAUUAGUUAACCUUAAUGGGUACCGGAGCUCAACGUUUGCGAAGAAACUACACAUAAAUGACAAAAUCACAACCUCGUGACAAAAAAAUAUGUCCUUCCUGUUUUACGUCAUCAUUGUUCUUAUCAGGAGGCAAUAACAUAAAUGCAUGUUUCUGUUCAAACGUUUCAACAGCGUUUCUUUUAGAGGCAAACAGAUUUGAAACUUUGGGAUUAGCAUCGCGUUAAAUAAAAAUUCUUUACCAAACACCACCAAUUAAUACUAAAACAAUGCUAACAAAAUAUAGGCGCAUGGCGCGCUGAUUGAAUGCGCUUGCACUCCAACGGAGUGGGGGCUAAAUCGCCAACCACUUUCCAACAUAUCAGGUCCCACGUUUGUGAAAACGAAUACGGAGAAAAAGUGCAGAGAUGUCUUCUUCCUAUAACUGCACUUAUUAUUAUUACAAUUUUUUCCAAUCUUAAGUUCAUGGAGGUUGGUCCGGAUGGGGCGAAUGGACAACUUGUACCAAAUCCUGUGGAUGCGGAACACAAACUCGAUCACGAAGCUGCACGCAACCGCCACCUGAAAAUGGUGGUCACACUUAGGUGUGGGUCGGUGUUGUUGAUUAGAACAUCUAGGAAAGGUAGAACAUGGUCAGUUUUACGGGGAUUCAGAGGUAUUAUUCUAUCGUGGCUACGUAGACAACACAUUUUGCCUUUUCCACUCGGAACAGGAUGCAAUUUUUUUCUUCAAUUACAUCAACAAUCAACACCCUAAUAUACGCUUUACAAUGGAGUGGGAAACUGACCACGUUCUACCUUUCCGAGAUGUUCUAAUCAGCAACACUGACCCACACCUAAGUGAGACCACCGUCUACCGGAAAAAAAAAUUUCACAGGUUUGCUCACCAGUUAUCUCAGUUUCUCCCCCUUUGCUUACAAAUUGGGGUUAAUCAAAACUUUGAUUGAUAGAACCUCUAAAAUAAAAAACCAUUUGACUGUGUUUCCACACUGACCUCCAAAAAUUGUCUGUUAUUCUACGGAGGAAUCUCUUCUCUAGAAACUUUAUAAACAAAUAUCUUUGUUUCUGACAUUAUAAUGAGACUUUUUGAAAGGUUAAUCCUGGAUUUCGAAUUAAGGAAACCGGUUUGCUGCUUUAUUCAUUAAGAUCAGUUUGCCUAUAAGAAGCAUUGUGCGACUAAGACUGCCCUAUUAGAUAAUCAGCACUUUUGGAUGAGAUGGCGUUAUGGCCAUUCUUACUUUGUUAGAGUUCUUUCUUUUGACUUCUCGGAAGCUUUUGACUCAGUUUCCCAUAGAGUAGUAACUGACAGACUUAAGAAAGUGCCUGACAUUAACCCUUAUAUAGUUAAUUGGGUUAUUGACUUUUUAAAAGAUCGUCAGCAAAGUUAUGUGUAGACAAAGUCAUGGCCCCAUUCUUGCCAGCCAAUCGAGGUGUACCUCAAGGCACUGUUCUGGGGCCUGUACUUCUCACCAUUCUGGUUAAUGAUAUAAGUCCCACCUCCCAGAAUACCUUAAUGACUAAAUACGCUGAUGACAUUACAUGUAGUAUACCCACUGGGCCUAAUGUGAAUGAUAGUGCCUCCUGGGCAGAGGAGAAUUUGAUGAAACUUAAUCUAAGUAAGACCAAGGAACUAGUCAUAAGAGGAAGAACGACUUUGCCCCCUCCUGAGCCAAUUGUUACCAUUAAACGUGUGUCAUAUUUGAAGCUUCUAGGAGUGACUUUUCAGGAUAGUCCUACCAACUGGGAUAAGCAUUUUGAUGAUUUGAUGGAAAGAGCUCUAAAACGUAUGCAUAUCCUUAGAGUGUGUAAAAGAAAUGGUUAUAGUGUAUCUGAUCUUGAUUACCUCUUUAAUUGCCUCAUUAUGUCACUCUUUACUUACUGUAUCAGAGUUUGGGGUGUUGCUGCUUAUACCAAAUACCUUAGUCAAAUUGAUAGGCUAUUGCGAAGGGCCUUUCAAUUUGGGUAUAUUCAACAUGAAACAUCGAUUCAACAGGUAAUUAAAGACAGGGAUGUGCGGCUCUGGAAAAGUAUUAUUGGUACUUCCUCGCAUCCCCUGCAUGAUCUUCUCCGCCCCACUUAAGAGCAGGGCUCUACGCGGUAGGUCGCAUCCUUACCAGAUCCCACGUGUUAAUACAGGGAGGUUUAAGAAAUGCUUUGUAAAUAGACGUCUCUUUGAUUCUAAAUAGAUCUAAACGAUCUUCAUGUCUUUUUGUCACACAGUCGAUGGUGGUUGGUCUUCAUGGAGUUCCUGGACAGAAUGUAACGUGACAUGUGGAACUGGUGUAGUGUCACGCGAACGUAAGUGUGACAAUCCUGCACCGGCCUCUGGCGGAAGGCCCUGCCAAGGACAUCCUAGAGAUGUAAAACCGUGCAAUACAACUGAGAUUUGCUUUGGUACGUGUUGCUUCUACGAAUGUUAUCUUUAUUUAUUAAGAACAGUAUAUUCGAAAAUGUGUUACGGUGUCAAGUUACAUAUAGAAAAGUUGCAUUAUGUGCUCAAACUUUCUCGCGGGGCUUAAUUUCUCCACGUUCAGGUCUGGCGGAGAAAGCCUUGGUCACGACUAGAUCACGUGAAGUAUUUUAUCACAUGACAAUUGUCACAAAUUUCAAUGCAAUGAUAGUAUACACUUAACGUCAGAUCCCUCGGGAAACAGUGAGUUUUGUUUUCCCUCGAGUUCUGAUGUUUCCCUCGGCUUCGUCUCGUGAAACAUCAGAACUCUCGGAAAAACAAAACUAACUGGUUUCCCGAGGGACCUGACAUUUAGUGUUUUGUUAUAUUUCUAGACUUUUAAUUCAACGUACUUCAAUAGCAACAAAAUAAAUACGCUUUAGCGGAGCGAAUCAGAACAGUCGACUCGGUACUCAUAAGAAUACAAAUUUAAUUCUCAAAACCACUAAAUGAAUGAUUUAUUAAGUACUUUCCUCAUAUGUUUUGCACCUUUUCCCUCCACUAGCUGCUGUUUCUCCUCGGGGAUAACUUUGAAAAUCGUUGCUUUUUAGCUUGAGGCUUCAUGUUUGUGUUGUUGUGUUCAUUCAGGAAAAAGAAAUCUGGCAGUGUUUUCCCUGUCUUCUGUCACGCCACUUUUCACCAUGCCUUGAUCAUGUGCUGUAAUGUAUGCCAAGGGGGUACAUUGCUUAAUGUAUCACGAUCGGGAUACAUUUGAUUUUAGUCAAGGCCAUGUGACCUAGAAUCAGCCAAUGGCUGUCCCUGUUUAGUAGAGUAAACGUCUAGGAAUAUAACAAUUAUUGAUGUGGAAUAGUUACGAGUCUUAUGAAACCCGUUAGAUUCCUUUGUUAUAUGUUUUAUGUUAGCUUUUUUGGACCUGAUCGUGCAUAAUUUUGAAUAGCAUUCCUAUCAUUUUGAACUUACUGACCAAUAGAAACAUUGCAUUAAUUUAUUCAGUCUCAAUUUUUGAACAAGGAUUGUAGACGAUCAUGGAGCUUCCAACAUAAACCACAGCACCGUUGUUUUCAACUUUGAUGCUUGCCUACUUUGAUAACCAGUCUCCUCUACUAUUUAUUAAUAUAAUGCAAUGAAAUACUCAGCGAAAAGCUUAAUAUUGAAAGGCUUAACAUUUAGCAGCCCCUUGCGAUUCUCCAAAUUGAUUUAAGUUAAGGUUAAUUUUUAAGUUCUCUUUUUUUCUGUCAGAUCGAGUUGGGUGCUAUCGCAGCUUUCCUUCCUCACUUCUGAAGGACUUCCGUAAUGACAUCAAUUGGACUUCGUCACUUUCUAAACAACUGUUUGAGAUUGUCAAAAAAUGUGCUCACUUGGCCAAAAUGAAGGGGAUGAGAUUCUUUGGUGUGGAAAACUACAGAAACUGUCACGGAAACCAGAGUUUUUCACCAGGCAAUCAAGUCAAGUCGUUUCGAUGUAAUUUUGGUGUUGGCAUAAGGGGAAAUUUCUUUGUGUACGAGAUAACUGAUUAAUGCUGUAGGGUAUUUUAGGGGUCAUGAAUGCUAUUUUGUUAACAUUCAGAGUUCUUUGUGAUGCUGCAGUAGUUGCCACAUGAUGAAGUGCGAAAGAAGGUCGCUUUAUUUUCUUGAUUUUAACCGUUUAUUUUCGGUACUUGGACCAGGUUUUGCUCUCUAUGGCAGUAAUGCCUUUUAUAUAUCAGAAUAUAUUUUUACAUAGAUUUUUAGUUCAACAAGCAAAUCUGUCCAGGUUAUUUCCAUAUUGUUGAUUAAUAAUUUCUUGUAUAGACUAGUUUUUUCUUGUGUGUGUGUGUUAUUUUUCUCUUUUCCUAC